CGGCCAGCCGCAGGUACUCCUCGCGCCGCUCGCCGCGGAAGCCCCACAGCCGCACCAGCGGAGCCUCCGCGUGGAGCUCCACGAAGGACACGCGCAGGGACAGGCAGCUGCCCGGGCUCGGCAGCGAAGAGCACAUGGCGGAGGGAAGGCGGCGGGCGGCGGGCGGACACCGGCGCCUCACGGGGCACCAACGGCGGAGGAGAGGGAGGGGAGGAGCCCGUUCCUCGCCCCGCCCCCCCCCCCCCCCCCGCUGCCGGAACGAGCCGAGGAGGGAAGCGGGCGGCGGGCGGGCGAGGGCGCUUGCCUCACGGAAGGCGGCAGAGGGCGGGGCAAAUGGGGCGCCCGCCGUGGCCGGGACAGGGAGGCGCCCGCCAGUCCAGCUGCCGAGGGCGGACAGCCGGAGCGGCCGAGCUGGGGCGCCCCUUGUUGCCGCCCGCCAUCCUUCAUCCCGCGACCUGGACACAGGCGUCUGCCCCCCCCCCGCCCCCCGGGCCGGUUUCCUCAAGGGCUGCUUUGCCAUGCGGGAAGGAGCGAGCCUUCAACGCCCCACAGACAACACCUCAGACAAGUUGGGCAGGCGCUCCCUGCUUUGGUUGCUGCGCUGCCUUCAGAGGGAGCUGACAUUUGGGUCACCCGCAGAAAUCAGUAGGUCAAGUUGAAGCAAGGAGAGGCGGUUUCAUGGGGCCAAGUCACAGGCAGGCAAAUACCCUUUACCCUAAGGGGCAUCCAGUCCAGUCUCCUGCAAUGCAGGAAUCUUGGCUGAAGCAUCCAGGGCAGAUGGCCUUCCAACCGCGGCUUAAAAACCUCCCAGGAAACCUCCCAAGGGAGACCAUUCCACUGUUGAACAGCUCCUGAAGUUUAGUUGGAAUCUCCUUUCCUGUGAUAUGAAAGCAUUGGUUCAAAGCCUGCCCUCCAGAGCAGGAGAAAUCAAGCCCGCCCCGCCCUCCAUGCGACUGCCCUGGAGAGAGUUGAAGAUGGCUAUCAUAUCUCAACCUCUUCUUUCCCUGGCUCCUUCAAUUGUUCCUCAUAAAGCCUGGUUUCCAGACCCUGGAUCAUCUUGGGUGCCCCCACUGCACAUGUACCAGCUUGUCAAUAACUUUAAAUUUUUGUGCCCAAAAUUAGACGCAGUAUUCCAUGUAUGGUCUGACCAAGGCAGAAUAGAGUGGUAUUAUGACUUCCCUUGAUUUGGACAUACUUAUCUUGAGCCUAGGAUAGUUGUCAGGACUGGUCGUUGUCCUCUUCAGAUCACCACACAAACGCUUCUUGUUCUUUUAUAACUUUUUAUUGCGUGUUAACAAAACAAUCUUAUAAACGGUUCUUAACUAUUAUUCCUCAGAGUCACUUCUUUCAGAUACCUUCUGAGCUCUGCUUCUCCGUGACCAGCCACUCUCAAAAUGGCGAAGGCACCCUUCCCUUCGCUUUCCUGCUCUUUUUCCUACCCUCCUGGCUAGAGCUGGCUUGUAUCUCCCCUCCUCCGAAUCUGAGCUAGAACUGAACCCUUGCCUUUCCUGUGAACAGCCGGUCCCUCCCUGUUGUUCCUCUUGCUCCCUUCUGUUAGAUUCACUGCUCUCCCUCCCCCCUUGGGGAAUGCUUUCUCCCUCUGAGAAACUGGAAACGUCUAACUCUUCCCUGACAGUAGUGUUAGGCUUUUCUGCUGCUGCAUGACACUGUCAACUCGUGUUAAGCUUGUGGUCCACCAAGGUCCCUAGAUCCUUUUCACAUGUAAGCCAGGUGUCCCCCAUCUUAUAUUUAUGCAUCUGGCUCUUCCUGCCUACUGAGUACAGAACCGUACAUGUGUCCCUAUUAAGAUCCGUUUUGUUAGUUUGGGCCCGUCAUGUUGAUUCCUGAUUCUGUCUUAGCUACCCCUCCCAGUUUGGUGUCAUCUGCAAAUUGGAUGUGCAUCCCCUCAAUUCCUUCAUCCAAGUUGCUUAUAAAGACACUGAACAACAAGGGGCCCAGGAGAACUCUGCAGCACCCCAUGUGUCACUUUCCCCCAGGAUGACUAGGAACCAUUAAUGAGUACUUUGGGUUUGGUCUGCCAACCAGCUACAAAUCUAACAGUUGCCUCAUUCAACGCACAUUUUACCAACUUACCAAGAAUAUCAUGGGGGACUUUGUCAAAAGCCUUACUGAAAUCAAGAUACACUAUGUCCACAACAUUCCCCUGAUCCACCAAGCUUGUAACUCCAUCAAAAUGUAAUGAGAUUCGUCGGAAUGACUUAUUUUUGAGAAACCCACGAUGGGUCUUAGUAAUCAGAGGCUGGCAAAGCAUGUAAGACAGACAUUGCAUGGAGGAUUCCCCAUUGCAGAGAUCAUGAGAGGGGAAACAGUAUUUCUGAAGUUUCAUGGAGGAAUUAUAGAAAAAUUAGCUGAAGGCAGAUGUGCAGACUGCUCUUUUCAGCCCCAAAAUACAAGGGGAAGAAAAGGGGAAUCUUCCAAAUAGCUCCCAUGGCUGGAAGCCUGCAGAUAAAAUGUGGAGAAAAGCUGAAAGAGCUUAGGUCAUCACAGCUAGUCAUGUGGUGAGCUUCUCCAUAGUCUAUGUGAUGGUGGAUGUGAGGAAAGUCCUGUCCUUCUGAACUACUGGAGUGCACAGAGAGAGACAGAAAUGAGUAAUGAUCAGCAGUUGUGACACAUUGCUCCUGGACCUGUCUGCAUUGUGUCUGUUCCUAAAUGUCUGUAAAUACCAAAUGCACUCAGGCUCUGUGGCCCCAAAACUGUAAUACUGUCUAUUGAUAUAAAAAAAAUAUCAAGGCAAUGUAUGCACAGUUAAAUAACAAAGGAUCUAUUUUCAUUAUUUGGAACAGAAUAGCUUACAACAGUUAAUAUUGGACAAGAAGGAAAAUGAAAUAUGGCUUCAUGUUUCAGAGAACAGAGAGAAGAGAAGUCCAUUUUGAGGGUCAGUUAGAAAGUAAAACUAGCCUCUCCCAGAGGCAAGCUGAACUAUGUAAUAAACUUGUCUUUUAUCAUAGCAUCCACAAGAAGGCAGCAGUACAAACAAGAUUUUUUUGAAUACUAUCCUGAAGUAACCCCUAGCAGCAUUAUAUCUUACAGCGGCAGCCUGUGUCAGAAAAGCAACUGCUACAGAGGAAAGAAGAUGGAAAUCAUUUUGGCUCUCCUGUUUACAGUGGUUCUAGGUUUUGUUGUCAAGCAUAUUUUCUUUCCAUUCAGAAACGUCAAUGAGCCGCCUUGUAUCCGUGGCUGCAUCCCUUGGUUCGGAGCUGCCUUCAAAUUUGGGAAAGCUCCUCUGGAAUUCAUCAAACAAGCCAGACUCAAGGUAAUAACUGGGGGAGCCAGGGAUGGGGAGGGAGAAUGAAUGAAUGAAACCAUUUAGUAUAGUCACAGACCAGAGAUCGGGGAGGGAGAGGAUGAAAAGGCUUGAGCUUGAGCUGAACAAGCCAGGUUUCUAACUUACCGUAUUUUUUGCUCUAUAAGACUCACUUUUUCCCUCCUAAAAAGUAAGGGGAAAUGUGUGUGUGUCUUAUGGAGCAAAUGCAGGCUGCACAGCUAUCCCAGAAGCCAGAACAGCAAGAGGGAUUGCUGCUUUCACUGCACAGCGAUCCCUCUUGCUGUUCUGGCUUCUGAGAUUCAGAAUUUUUUUCCUCUUGUUUUCCUCCUCCAAAAACUAGGUGCUUCUUGUGAUCUGGUGCGUCUUAUAGAGCGAAAAAUACGGUACUUCGCUUUUUACAAUUUAAUAUGCUUUGUGUUAGCUGACUGUUAUCAAACAAUUUAUAUGGUCUGAAUUACUAUGAUAGAAUAACAUGCUGAGAGAAAUGCUAAAACACGUAUUUGCUCUCUCUCUCUCUCUCUAGCUUUAGGGCGCUGUUCAGAACAAUGUGGCUGUUCUUAUCUAACAGGACAGUUCUCCUUGAACAAGCCAAGUGUUAGGUUACUAAAGUUCAUGUGUGCUUUUCAAGCUGUCCUGAAAGCUACUCAGUGUUGAAAGAAUGCAUUAAAAUAGAAUUCUACGAGAGUCUUAUAAAAUGAGUAUUUUCAAGCACUAUGUAUACAAAUGUGUUUUUUAUAAUAAAUUUUGCAACUUCAUUGUAAUGCAGUCUGCUUUUUUCCCCUUUCACAACAGUAUUGCUAAGAGAUUUUAGAUAAUACUGUUUUCUGCAUUUUCAAUGCAGCCUUCAGUGCUGAUGGCAUAAGGACAUGUAAAAGUGGGAGGUCUCUCUCUUUCUCUCUGUACUCAGGUGAUCCCCAAAUUAGCAAAAAAUGAAACCUAAUUGGGAAAGUUAGAACUGUGCAUAUGUUCCCACAUGCAGGAAAGAGGUAGAAACAGAGUAUAAACCACAUUCAUAGAGUGGGAAAGAUUGUGCAUAAGGAGGAAGGAGGAGGAGUAGCAGAAACGCAGAGUGAAACUGGGUAGGAGAGGCAAGCAAGGACAGAGACUAGAGAGGAACUGAGGUUUGUGUGGACCACAAAGCACUUUUAAAUCAGAGCCAUGUAGGGGAAAGGCGGUGUGCUCGCAGCCCAGCAAGGAAUGAAUGGCUGUGGCUGCCAGUUUGUCUUACUCUAUUUCAUCACAACAACCACACUUAGCAUUUUGUUUUUUGUAUAUCUCCCACCCCAACUAUUAUCCUGCUGAUCUUCAGAAAUGGGUCACAGGGCGGAGAUACCUUAUGGGUGCAUUGCCUCCCCCUUGUUCAGAAUCCAUUCCCUAGAACAAUGUUUCUCAACCUGUGUGCCGCGGUAUGUUGGGGUGCCUUGAAUGAUAGUCAGGUGUACUGCAGGCAACACUGGCCUCUGUCCCUGUUUCCUCCCCUCCCUCCUCUGAUGCCCUCUUGUGUCUCUGCCUCCCAAAGGCUUGUCUGGCUGUUUGUUGCAGCAGCCCUGGCUAUAAGCUCCCCAGGCGAAUGAUGCCUCUGGGGCUGGCCAGGAGGUGCUGGUUGCCAGGAACUGAGGCAGCCUUGGAGUAAGCAAGCAAGCAAUUGGGUGAGGCAGCCCAGCCAGCCGGUCUACCAGCCCUUGCUGUUGGGAAUAGAUGGAAAAGUGGAAGGCUGGGCAUGCAGGCAGGUGCCAUGAUUGCUUUUCUUGUGCUUGCUGUGUGCAAUGUCUGCCUGGGAGCUGAGUUUCUAGCUAAUAAAGCUCCAGGAGAAGACAUGAUCCCAAUGGAGAUCCAUAAGAUAAGACCUGAUUUCUGGUCACCCAUUUUUGCAAAAUUGUUUUCAUACAUUAACAGCUCAGGUCAUAUACCUGAAGGGUGGAAGUUGAGUAUAAUUGCCCCAAUAUAUAAAAAGGGCGAUAAGAAAAACCCUGCUAAUUAUAGACCCAUUAGUUUGUUAGAUGUAGCCUCCAAACUAUAUGCCAGGCUCCUUCUUGGGAGACUAGAAGAAUGGGCAGAUACAAAUAAGGUGAUAUCUGAAGUCCAGGCAGGUUUCCAAAGAGGAAAUCCACAUUGGACCAGUGCUUUGUGCUGAACUUUCUGCUGUGUAAAUACAUCCAUAAUUUGAAGCAAAAAUUAUAUGUUGCUUUUAUCGAUCUAAAGUCAGCUUUUGAUACGGUCCCAAGACACGCAUUGUGGCAAAAAUUGGAAAAGACAAAUAUAGACCUCCGUCUAUUAUUUCUCAUCAAAACAUUAUAUACUGACACAUCAAUACAAGUAAAGGUGGAUCUGGCUGCCCAUCUCACCACUAGAAUUAAGACCACUACUGGAGUUAAACAGGGAUGCAUUUUGGCACCUUUCCUGUUCAAUUUUUAUAUUAAUGACAUGGUUAAAGAACUGGAGGGCCUACAGUUUGCCCCUGUUACAAUUCUCGACUAAAAACUCUCAGUUUUAAUGUAUGCUGAUGACCUAGUACUUGUAUCUAGAACCCAGGUGGGCCUGAGACGGCUGCUUGCAAAAUUAAGUUCAUAUUGCAUGAGGAAUGCUUUAUCUAUAAACUAUGAUAAGACGCAGGUCAUUGUAUUUGGGAAGCGUUCUAAAAGCAUGUUUGGCACCUGGAUGAACACAUCAUAAACCAAGUAAAUACGUUCAAAUAUCUGGGAUUGAUUUAUUCAGAAACGGCAUCUUGGAAUACACAGCUAUCCAAUAUUAAAUUGCAAGCCUUUAAAUCAGCAAAAGCCAUUCUGAAAUUCGCUGCAUGUAAAGGUGGAAAUCUGGUCAACCCAGCUCUAUCUGUGUAUAAAGCAAAAACAAUGGCCCAGAUUUUAUAUGGUGCAGAGGUUUGGGGUACCUCAAAGGUCUCCGGUCUGGAACCCCCACAGAAUUAUUUUUUAAGAGUUCUUUUAGGUUUACCCAAAGACGUGCAAUCUGCCAUGGUCAGGUUGGAAACUCGCAUGUUGAGCAUAGAGAGCCAAAUAGAUAAAAGAAUUCUCUGUUACUGGUUUAGAGUUCAACAGAUGGACAACACUAGGCUACCAAAAAAAUGCCUGAUUGAGCUCUCAAAUGGAUUACCCUUUAAAAACUGGGUACAUCAUGCUGCCCAACUGAUGGGCAAAUAUGACCUCUCAGUGACUGAGAUUAAAGAACUCCCCUUAUAUUCACAGAAAAAUAUUUUUAAACGAACCAUAAGGGCAGUGGCAACUAAAAACGAUUUAAACUCUAUGUGCACAUCUACAUGCGCCCCAUUGUAUUUUAAACUUAGAGAGGUCAAUGAACACAUAUCUUAUUUUAAUGAAUUGACUUUUGCACAGCUUCGAAAAGCUUUUACAGAGCUACGACUAAAUACAAUAAGCUCUGCUUAUAGAGAUGGGAGACAUAGAGGCAUACCAAAAACGAACGUGUUUGCAUUAGGGGAUGUUCUGAAGUAGAGGACCUUAUGCAUUAUAUCUUGCACUGUCCGUUAUAUAAUGAUGCAAGAAAAAGAUUUUUGGUACCUAUAAUGACAGGGUCCCCUGGCCAGAACCCCCUUGAUAUGAUGUUAUAUCUCCUUGCAGACACAGAUAAGUAUGUGACCUGGCGGGUAGCACUUUUGCAACUGCUGCUAGGAAAAUUAGAGCAAAUUAUAUAGCCAAGGUAGCCAUUAACUGUAAAGGAGAUGAAUUUAUUUGAUCCUAUCUAUCUACCUCAGGCUAUGCUCUAUCUUUGUCACCAAACUCUGAGUAUAAAUUGCACACUGUAUUAAUUGAUAUUGUUUUUAACAUUAGUGACCAUGUGAUGAUUUUAGCUUAUGAAUUUUAUCGUUUAAUGUUUUUAUUUGUACAUUGGGGUACUUUUAUAGCUUUGUUUAGAGUAUGUAAUGUUUUAAUAAUAUAAAUGUUUUAAGUCUUUUUUUACCAAUUCAGUAUAUUUUCUUUUAAUUGUCAAAUAAUUCUGUGUACAUUGCGGCAGCCUUUGGCUAUGUGCAAUAAAACUGACUGAGACUGAGACUGGUGCCAAAGGGGAGCCAAUGGGCAGGACCCAAUGGCUCCCCCUAAAUGUAGUUGUAUUAAACUACUUAACUUCUUUAUUAUAAAAAUUACAUACCGGUAUUUUUAUAUGUAAAUGAUUACAUAUAAUCACAUUACAUAACAUCGUACCCUCUUAUUUUAUCUCUUUGGCUCAACUGAUCCUAAUGACUUCCCUCCCUCUCGUCUGAUGGUUUACAAAAUUAAACUUUACAUCUUUACAUUUCACUUCGUUUCCUAUCCUUGUUGUAUCAGCACCUAAAAUAUUAUAUUACUCAACCUCCAUAGGUAGCAAUUUCAUCUUACAGAACUUCAGAUAACCCUGCUAGUGAUGUUGAUAAAAACUACUUAACUUUUUUAACACUAUAUUUUUCAGUAUGGACCAGUAUUCACAGUGUAUAUGCUGGGAAAACGAUACACAUUUGUAACUGAUGAAGAAGGUUUUCAAGCAUUUUGUAUAUCUAAAGAUGUGGAUUUUGAGCAGGCAGUGCAACAGUCUGUCCAGCGUACAGGUAGGUAAAUAAUAUUUAAUUUCAGUGGGGAAAUUAUUUCUUUCUAUUUUAGUUGAUAAAGGGUUGAAACAUGUGAAGUGGGAUAUCUUUUUACUUUAAUGUAGCUUUGGGGACUCCAGUUUUGACUGGAGCAAUGUGCUGAGGGAGCAAGUAUUUCUCUCUCUCUCUCUCUCACACACACACACACAUUUUUUAAAAAAAUUAUUUAAUCAUUUUUUCAAUAUAAACAGCAACCACAAAAAACACAUACAACACCACAAUAACACUAAUAACACAAUUUAACAAUUCACAUUUGGAUACACUGAUAUACCUAUAACUACACCUUUUUAACAAUAUUUCCCCACCUCUCCUCCCCCUACUUCCCACCACUGUCCGCCUUAUCGCUUAAGUCUUCCUUCCAGAUUUCUUCAUAUUUAUCCAUUCUUAAUUUGUGUCAAUAUGCAAUUUGUUUGUAUGUCGCUAGUCUGUCCAUAUUGUCAAUCCAUGUGCUCAAUGGAAUCUUUUUGGAGCUCUUCCAAUUCAUCAAGACAAGUUUUUUUGCUUCUAAUAUGGCACGAUACAUCCAUUUUUUUUGACCCCUUGUAAUCUCCCACGUUUCCGGUAUAUAAUUUAGAAUUAAAUUCAAAUCCCCUAAAUAACAAUUUCUUUUUAUUACUCUUGCUAUAUAUAUCCUCACCUCACACCAAAAUGAUGUUAUCAUCGGGCAGUUAAUCAUCAUAUGUACUAAGUUCGCAUUUUUACUUCCACAUCUCCAGCAGUUGUCUGCAUUUGUAAUUUUCUUCUGGUAAAGUUUUGCUGGAGUCCAGGGGACUCUGAAUAUUAUUUUCUGCUGAAUAAAUCUUAAAUCCAUAGAAGCUAUUUCUGUUGAUUUUAUACUUGACUCCCAUUUAUCAUUUGUUAUCUGUACCCCUAACUCUUCACUCCAUUUUUGUCUGUCAUAUUCUAAAUCAUAUUUCUUUCUGUUGAGUAGGGUUUUAUAUAGUGCAAGUGUAGAGUUCUUUGCUUUUGUUGCAGAAAUUAAAUCUUGUAGGUGUUUCCAAUACUGCUAUAGCCUCAGGGCCAAACUGCCUUUCCAACAUAUGUUUCAAUUGGAUGUAUUGCCAUUGUGUUUCACUGGUUAAUCCAUACUUUACUUGCAAGGUCUUAUAUUCCACAAAUUUGUAAUUUUCAUCAAUUAAUUGAUUCAAUGUCAAAAUACCUUUUUUCAUCCAAUUUUGCCAAAUUAUUACUUGAUUUCCAAUUUUUAAUUUUGGGUUGGCCCAUAUUGUUAAUUUCUCAUGCUGAAAGGGGUCAUCCUUAUUAUUUUUAUUUAUAUUCAUCCAAUUUUUUAUAGGUGCUUUAAUAGUCUCCAGGAUAAUAGGAUAUUUCAUAAAAUUUCAGCCCAGUUUAGUCCACCCUAGAAGAGCUUCCAAGAAACUAUAUUCAAGAGUAGCCCAAUUGGGAUUCCUGCUAGCUCUCCAAUCGUUAGUCUUACUCAGCAGGUAGGCCUGGUGAUAUAGUUCCAGAUUUGGGAGACCAAAGCCACCUUCCUUAGUUGGAAGUUGCAUUUUAUGUAGUAAUAUUUUUGGUGGCUUUGUACCCCACAGGCACGAUCUAAUUAGUUGAUUUAUUUUUCGGAAGUAAAAUUUGGGAAUAUGUAUUGGUAAUCCUCUGAGAAUGUAUAAAAGCUUUGGAACAACAUUCAUUUUGAGGACAUUAACCUUUCCCCAAAGGGAAAGGUUUAGAGGUCCCCACCUUUCAAUAUAUAUUAAAAAAAUCUCAUUUAUAAUUUGAUUCAAAUUUAAUUUUACAAUUUGGUCUAUAUCCAAUGAAAUCAUUAUACCCAAAUAUUUAAUAAAGUCUUUGCACAUCUGAAAUUGAUGGUUUCUAUACAAUGUAGCCCUUGGCCCAAUUGGUAAAAUCUCUGAUUUUGUCCAAUUUAUAGAAUAUCCUGAUAUUCUGCCAAAGGUUUUUAUUUUCUCCAUAAUUUUUGGAAUUGUAUCUUCUGGUUUUGUAAUAAAUAAAAGGAUAUCAUCCGCAAAUAAUACAAUUUUGUAAUUAUCUUUGUUGUGUUUUACACCCUUGAUAUGCUCAUCCUGAAUUAUUGCUCUUGUUAAUGGUUCCAGGCACAGAUUAAAUAAUAAUGGAGAAAGAGGACAUCCUUGUCUCGUUCCUCGAUUUAAACUAAUCAAAUUCAAAAUUCUUCCAUUUGUAAUGACCCGGGACGUUGGGUUUUUAUAAAUCAUUUUAAUCCAAUUACAGUAUUCUAUAGGGAAACCAAAUUUACGUAACACACUCAUGUUUUUCACUUCAAAAUUAUCCUCCCUCAGAGAUGUUGUUAUCCUUACUAAAGACAGUUCCAGUAAUACAGGCACUAUACAGGUAAGAAGGCAACAAUUUCCAUUCUCAUCUGUGUUCAUAAACAUUAGCACUGCUUCCAUUCCACUGCAGCUUGUUUCCACUAAAUUUGUUGUUGUUGUUUAGUCAUUUAGUUGUGUCUGACUCUUUGUGACCCCAUGGACCAGAGCACACCAGGCUAAUGUCUUCCACUGUGUCCCAGUUUUGUCAAAUUCAUGUUGGUAGUUUCGAGAACACUGUCCAACCAUCUCAUUCUCUGUCGUCCCCUUCUCCUUGUGCCCUCUAUCUUUCCCAACAUCAGGAUCUUUGUGUGGACAGGCGUAGUCCCCCCAACCCCAGGCGACCCCUGAGUGGAAUAAUGACUCAAGAAAUGUGCUAUGGGAUUAAAAUUGGCCACAACUUUAAGUUUUAGAUGUAGGGAGACCUUGGCUCAGGCAUUGGGCAUUUAUCCUUCUCAGUCCCCAGCUGGGGAUCUGAGAGACUUCAGGGUUAUCCAGAAUGUGUGGGGAUUGGGCUGGCUCUGGAAAACAUAUGUUCAAGCAGAGAGCCCGCCCCCUGUUUUGCCGCCUUCGCAGGGGAAAGCAAUGACAACCUCUUGGCGUAUGGCUAAUGCCUCUCCUCAAGACCCCUUUAAUGGGGAACCCUGGGAUCACUGCCGCAAGGGGGGCUUGGGUCACGGUAAGUUAGAAACAUAGACUAAAGGAUUCCACCCAAGGCCUGAAACAGCCAAAGUUGUGACAUUUUUGCUACGGGAAAGGCAAAACCUGCCAAUGCAGGAAAAUUCCUUUCCGGCCCUUCAACAGUGACCCACGUCCCUGUGGAGAAGAGGUUAACCUGCAAAAGAAGGCUUAACUGAGGGAGGGCAGGAUGGGAGAAGCUCUGGAGCCAACUGACGCUUCGCAGGUAUAAGAUUCACUUUCCGUUGUGUGGGCAGGACGGUCCCUCCCCCUACCUGGCCGAUCCCCUGGCAAUGCCUCCCCAGGCAGGAUUGGGCGAUUGGCUGAGGUAGGCAGAGAUCUCUAGGUAUCCAGUCUGGGGAGGGUGAAGCCAGCCCAUACUACCGGGAGCCUCACUGGGAUCCGGGGGCUGCACGCAACCACACAAAAGGCGUGUGGGGAGUGGUCAUUUCCAGGGAGUCUUCUUUUCUCAUGAGGUGGCCAAAGUAUUGGAGCCUCAGCUUCAGGAUCUGUCCUUCCAGUGAGCACUCAGGGCUGAUUUCCUUCAGAAUGGAUAGGUUUGAUCUUCUUGCAGUUCAUGGAACUCUCAAGAGUCUCCUCUAGCACCAUAAUUCAAAAGCAUCAAUUCUUCGGCAAUCAGCCUUCUUUAUGCAUGUGACAUGAUCCAUGCGACGGUCACCUCCAGGCUUGACUACUGUAACUUGCUCUAUGUGGGACUGCCCUUGAAACUGUCCCAGAAACUCCAGCAGGUGCAGAAUGCUGCAGCGAGGCUCCUCACAGGGUCCUUGCCAUGGGAGCAUAUUCACCCAGCGCUUUACCAGCUGCACUGGCUCCCAGUGGAGUAUAGUUUAAGGUGCUGGUUUUAACCUUUAAAGCCCUAUGCAGCCUCGGACCCUUGUACUUACGGGACUGCCUCUCCUGGUACGUUCCGCAGAGGACCCUAAGGUCCAUGAAUAAUAAUAGCUUAAAGGUCCCGGGCCCUAAGGAAGCCAGACUAUCCUCCGUCACUUUUUCAGUGACAGCUCCGACCUGGUGGAAUGCUCUGUCCCACGAGACUAGGGCCCUGCAGGACUUGAUCUCCUUCUGCAGGGCCUGUAAGACAGAGCUAUUCCACCUGGCCUUCAAUUUGAAUUAGCCUGAACCUCUAUUCCCUUUUCCCUUUCCUCUUCUAUGAAGAAACCCUUUCUGGGACCCCACAUUUAAAUUCUUCCCUGGUCUCCUUGCUGGCCCUUGUAGGACCAACUUGGCCAGUUAACCCUGGUGAUCAUUUGAUGUCUACUGACCGGGUUCCCCUCCAAAAAAAUGACUCCUGAAUUUUUGAAUUUUAUUGAUAUUGAUGCUGUAUUUUAUGUUGUAUUUUAUGCUGUUUUAAAGUCGCAUUUUAAUCAAUGUUGUAUAUUUGCUGUUAGCCACCCUGAGCCUAGUUUUGAAACCAGGAAAUGUGGGGUAUAAAUAGAAUUAUUAUUAUUAUUAUUAUUAUUAUUAUUAUUAGCCCAGCUCUCACUUCCAUACAUCACUACUGGGAACUAACUAACUCACUGGGAACUACUUACCUAACUCCCACAUGCCGCCUAACCCUGCGGAAAGCAGGAUUUAACCCCCACCUAUCAACUGAUCACUAUCUCCCCCACCCCAAUGUAAAGGAAACAUGCUGAACAUGCCAUUAAUUACUUCUUGUUUGUGGACUUAACACACACUCCACAACAAUGAAUUCUGAUCCUAUUCACUUUACUGGUUCUAGAACACAGAUUAAUAUGCAAACUACAGCAAUAUGCACUUCCAUGUACACUUCCGUGACAUACAGGUACCUGUAUUUUUCCACUGGGGGGAGGGGCAUGAAAUUUAGAUGGAAGAAACAGUGUGGGAGUGCCGUGGCAUCAGACUCGGAGGAGUCUGCCAUUCCUAUAUAUGCCAUUAAGAAAUUCUCAGUUGCUUAUUCACGCUAUAAUGAAGACAUAUUUAGUGAAGACAAGGAAGCACCCAACUAUACCAGGGCACAUUCUGUCAAGAUUCUGUAAUCUACAUAUUUUUUAUGUCUAAUCAGAAAGAAUUGCCUAUUUUGAAAGACAACACAACAUGAAAUAUAGAAACAAAACUGUUCAUGAUGCCUGCACAGAUUCUAGGGUAUUUUAAGUAAAACUUUACAGCUUAUUCUGACUGAUGUUAUUUUUCCCACUUGGAUUUUGAAGCUUCAAUUCCUGAAGAAAUAUUUUACAAGAAUAGGAGCAGGUUAUAUAUCAUGAUGAAGGGAAGACUGAGUACAUCUAAUCUGCAGCAUAUGCCUAGGAGUCUCUGUCAGGAACUUCAGAAACACAUGGAGGACUUGGGUCACGAGGGAACUGAGGAGCUCAGAGAUCUUGUAAGGUAGGUGAUUUUGCAAACCAGCCAGAAUGGCACAGGCCUCCAUUCUUUUCAUUAAAUAAAAUUAAUAUCUAGAAUAAGCCAUAAAUGUUGUAGUUUAGAAGAAAAUAAAAUAUAGUUUAAACACUACAAGAGAAAGCAGAAGGGUAGGGCACUGGUGGAGUUGUCAUAAACCCAUUUUACUAUUGGAUAGGAUAUUCUUGUGAAGCCAACAGUAGCAUCCCCAAGGAGCAUCCCGUUCAACACCUUGCGAUGCAGGAAUAUGCAGCUGGCCAUACAGGGAUCAAACCAUAAUACAUACUUGUACAUUGGAACAAUUUGACUUUGGAUCGGCUUUGGAUCCAUUCCAGUCUGGUUUUUGCUCUGGUCAUGGGACCGAGACGGCUCUGGUCGCCAUAACAGAUGACUUCCGUAGGCAGCUGGAUUGAGGCGGGUCGGGGCUGUUGAUUCUUUUAGAUCUGUCAGCAGCCUUUGACAUGGUUGACCACAAACUUCUAGACCACCACCUCACCUACGAGGGGAUUCAGGGCGCAGUCCUUCAAUGGCUGCACUCAUUUCUCUCUGGUCGGGGACAGAGGAUGGCACUGGGGGGGAGGGAGUUGUCGUCGCGCUACUCCUUUGUGUUUGGAGUACUGCAGGGUGCAAUUCUCUCCCCGAUGAUUUUUAACAUCUAUAUGCGCCCCCUUGCCCAGCUUGUCCGGAAUUUUGGUUUGGGAGAAUUGGAUUCUAACAUUACAGUGGUACCUCGGGUUACAUACGCUUCAGGUUACAUACGCUUCAGGUUACACACUCCGCUAACCCAGAAAUAGUGCUUCAGGUUAAGAACUUUGCUUCAGGAUGAGAACAGAAAUCGUGUUUUGGCGGCGCGGCAGCAGCAGGAGGCCCCAUUAGCUAAAGCGGUGCUUCAGGUUAAGAACGGUUUCAGGUUAAGUACGGACCUCUUGAAACUGAUCCAGAAACUCCAGCGGGUGCAGAAUGCCGCAGCGAGACUCCUUACGGGAUCUUCGCUGUGGGAUCACAUUUACCCAGUGCUAUACUAGCUGCAUUGGCCCCCGGUGGAGUACAGGAUCAGGUUUAAGGUGCUGGUUUUAACCUUUAAAGCCCUAUACAGCAGAAGUUUAUCCACUACAAUCUAUUUCACCUAUUUUUACUUUACUUUUUACUUUACUAUUUUUACUUUAGUUGUAUGAAACCAGUAUAGCCAACAGCUGACCAUUCCAAGUGGAUUCUAACAUUAUUUUCCUUCAGUCCACAACUAUACCUUUUCUCCCAUUGCAGGCACAUCAUGUUCCCAUCAACAGUGAACACCCUGUUUGGAAAAGACAUAUUUUUGACCACCAGGGAUAAUGUCAAGGAGUUUGAGGAGCACUAUCAGAACUUUGAUGAUGAUUUUGAAUAUGCUACCCAACUUCCAAAAUAUUUUUUGAAGUAAGGGAGUAGUGUUUCUGUUUGACAAUAUAAAUUUAUCCAGAAAUUCAUGUUCUAGCUUAGACUGUCCUCAGAUUCCUGUUGCUUAUGUCUACAAUAUUAUGGGUGUAAUCCAUAGACAACGUACUGUAUAUGAUGGCAUGUUUUCCCUCCAACUGGCAUACUCCUGUAGUCAUUGGAUCCAAGACUGCUUGCAGUAGCUAGUUGGGGAGCCUGACUAGUAUGUGCAAAGUUCACUUUUGAUUUGCUAGAUUUACACUACAACAAAGAGGGGACCCUGCAUUCUGGGAAGAGGUGUGAGCACAGAGUCAGCUUAGUGUGAUGUUAUGGAACAGGGGCAGUGCAUCCUGUUUUACCGCCGGAGGAGAAACGUAAAUGUGCCACCUUGCUGCCCCACCUCUGAUUACGCUCCUCUCCCCCGCCACUGCUGAAGCCUGCCUUACCCGCAUUGCACAGCGGCACUCACAAAGCACCAGCAGUUGUGCUGGCUUCUGGCGAGAUCUCGCUGAAAUCUUACAAGUUCUCAUGUGCUAUGUGAGAUCUUUGCAGAAACCAUUGCUGCUCUGGGUGCCGCUUCUCCAGAGGUGGCAGGACUCCACGGGGCACUGCCUGGUGGGCUUCUGCCGCUCAAGGCGAGCUUGCCUCAUGGCCCUGCUAUGGAACCUGCUUGAAUGGGAGCAAAUUUAGGCCAAGUGCAGUUUUGGCUAUCUGGAAACAGAUGCUAAACUUUUUUCAAAAAAUAAUUGUGGUCAUUUAAUCCUCACCUCAAUGAAAAUAGAGAUAGAUAGUAAGGGAAAUCCUGGUUAGCCUUAACUGCAUCAUGAGUUGACAAACUGCCUGAGCAGAGUGGAAGGAUGUUCCAAAGGUGGCUCUUUCUUUUCUGGGAGUUAGCUAUGAGCCAGUCUGCAGUAGCUCACCAUGUAUUUAGAAGUGCUUUUGUAUGCCUAAGAAAUCCUUUAGAUCCUGGCCUGCAGCAAGCCCUUAUUGGAACUUCCCCCUUCUUGUAAGGUCUGUGUUUGCCUGAGCUUGAGUCUGGACUAAGGAUUCUGAGCUCCUGUAUUCUGAUUUGAUACAUGAUGUCCAAUCACAGAACAUUUCAGGAUUUGGGCCUCUGCCAUUGGCCCUUGAACUCUGAGUCAUGAUUCGCAGUUUGGAAGUUUAGACAUCCAAUCACGUUGAGAGUGGGAGUGGCCCAGGCUUUCAGGAAUGUAUAUAAGCAGUUUCUUUGCACCUGUUUCCCAGUUAUGUAGUUCAAUAAAGGUUCUUGCUGUUAUCACUGCAUCUUGCCUUGUGGGCACCCACCUACACUUCAUAAGGCUCUUCUGAGAAAUCUUGCAGGGCUUCUCAUAAAAGUGAAAGCACUUGCCCUGUGAUCAGAGUUGGGAUUAGAAGUGGUUCUGCCUCAAGCAGAAAGCCUUCCCUGAUUCUGCUGGCAAUUCUCCAGUAGUGACAAAAGGGGCAGUGGUAAUACUAUUCCUUCUUUUUCAACGCACCCUGUUCAUGAAGGCCAGCAUGGCAGGUCCUUUCAAUCUUACUGACCAGCAUGAACUGGGAGCACCUUUCUUUCUCCUCCUGUGGGGUGUAAUGGCUCCAUUAAUUAUUGUGAGGAAAGGGAAAACCCCAGUGGGAAUGAAAGAGAGUAGGGGGGGAGAGGUGUAUUUCUUUUUCCUUUACAUAUCAUAAAAACAUUUAAGUGGUUUACAACAACAGUAUCUAUAUACAAUAAAACCACAUAAAAAUUAAAAUUGAGAGACUACCCUCUGAGUUUGUCCCACUAGAGUUUUAUUCCUUAUAUUCACUGACAGGACAUCACCACUCUUUCUUCUGGCAGCACGCUCUGUUUAUGCCAGCCAGUUAGGAGAAGAACCAUUCUUCCUAGCCAGAAUAAACAGAAAACAGCACCUUAAUGUGGUGCCUUGAACUGUGAGCAGAUUUGGUUGCUCAAGGGCUCAUCCACACUCACCUUUUGCCCUGCUCUUUCCAGGCAGAGGUCCACACUUUAAAGCUCCAUGCCUGAGUGUUGGAUUUUUUGCCCCAGAGCUUUCCCCACAAAACUGCACUGUUUAGUGCUUAAUCUGAGCAAAUGUCAAUUUGGGUUUUCCACCAGUUGCCAUUUGCUCCAAUUGAACUUUGAAGAGCAGGUUUUGCCUGGAAAGGCUCCAGAGCCAAAAAUAUGGACAUGGGGCUUUAAAGCUUGGGAUGAGCCUGGAAAGAACAGAGCAAAGGUCAGGGUUGCUGAGCCCUUAUUGCUCAAAAGCAGGGCAAGCACCUGCCACUGCGAUCUGCUGAACUUCUGCAACUGAGCAUUACUUGAAAGUUUAAAAAAUUAUGGGAAAAUUGUUUAGAAUUAUUUCCUGAGUACAGAUAAUCAUAUAUAUUUCAUAAGGGUUUGUUUUCCUUUUUGCUUCCUAGAAAAUGGUCUAAAUCAAAGAAGUGGCUCCUUAAAAGUUUUGAAAAAGUUGUCUGGCAUGCAGAGGAAACUAAUCCUUCAGAUGACAGUUCUAAGGUAAACCUUCCAUAAGGCUUUUCAUGUUAAUAUUAUUAUUUAUAAAAUACUAAGUCAGGUGCUGUGCAAGUCAAUGAAGUGUCAAACCUUUUGGCAAAAUUUUUGGCAGUUUUGGGAGGGCUGGGAUUGAAGUGAGCAGACUGGGGAAUGGGAGGACUUUUGAGAAAUGUCACAGAGUGGGAGUGAGGCGUUGCUUUGACGCCAGAGAGGGAAAGGGAGCCUGUGGUCCUCCAGCUGGAGUCCAACAGAAUCCCUCAUCAUUGCCUAACAGGCUGUAAGGGGGGGGGGCAGUCCUAUGGGCCACCUGUCAUCUACAACCUGAGGCGUCUUCCUAGACUACAAGGUGGUAACAGGGGUGCUUUUUUUCCUUUUUUUCUACUGGCUCUUCUGUGAGUUUAUCUAUAAUAGCCUGUAAAAAAUAAGUUGGUGAAGGCUAUACUCCUGUGUGUGUGUGUGUAAGAUUAAGCUUGAGCACAGUGGGAUUUCCUUCUAAGUAUACCUAUAGAAGAGAUAUGAGCAUGUGUUAUUAGCAAUUGUACCAAUGUUUUAGGGUUCCAGAAGUUUCACUUAAACAGCUAUCUGAUGUAGGAGCAAGGGGUCCAUCUGAUGUUAUCUUCCUUGCCUCUGUCCCACCAGUCCUAAUGGGAAGCAGUCACCACGACUUGGGCAUCAGACAAGCUGAUAAUUAGGCAACCUAUAAUUAGUAACUCCCCAAGUUACUAUUAGUUGGGCAACUAAAUAACACUGUGGCUAUAUGUAAAAGAAGCAGAUACCAUGCAUAGCUAAACUAGCUAGGAGCCUGACCCUGCUAUCUGUAACCCACAAAGUUCCCCAACUGUGGUUAUAUAUGAAAAGCAACAGCUGAGGUGAUGCCAGUUGGAACUCAGAGCGCUGACAUCAGGAUGAAAGCACCCUUGUGAUCUCAAAGGCAGGCCUUACUUCUGAAGGUAUAAUCCUGCUCUUCCUAUUGGCAGCAGCCUGCAAGGCAACUUGCAAGCAUGUAAUAAAAACCACAGUCAAUAUCUAAUUCUUGUGACCUCGCUGUAGCUUGGUGGUUAACUCUAAUGCCAAAGCAAAAGGAAACUUGGGAAUUGAAAGAGCAGAGAUGGAGUUUGCACUUCAUAGGGUCAGCCCUACGUGGAGACUACUGGAAUCAAGGUCGACCAAACAUUUAAUAAUAAUAAUAAUAAUUUAAUAAGAUAAUUUCAUUUCUACAGUGGAAAAAAAGGAGGAAAGAAAAAAGCGAGAGAGAAUAUUACAAAAUACUGUUAUAUUACCAUACAUAUACUAUGCAGAUAUGUAUAUUCUUAUUAUCCUAAUACACAUAUAUUUGUCAAUAACCUAAUAUAUUCUGUGCAAAGUUGCAAACUCAUUCGAAAUAUCAUUGUAUCUAUUCAAAAAAAUUCUGCAUCUAUAAGCUGUCUGUUCAUAUGUUGCCAUGUUGUCAAGCCAUUGCUUAAGGAGGAUCGUAUCUGUAUUCUUCCAAUUCAUAAGUAUCAGUCUAGCUCAACCAACCGUGGGAGCAGCUGACUGUAAGCCUAGUUUAUCAGGAGCAACUGGCUGAAGGCUUCUCUUUUCUGGCUGCUCUGCCCACCAAACAAUGCUCUGGGCAUCAGCAGGCUGUCACUAUUUUGGCAGAAUACCAGAUAGGCCACUAGCCAUUCUGCUAACAGAGAUACGUUGGUGGUGCAAAUGAAGGGGUUGAGCUGUGGGCAGCAUGCGGGUGAGAAAUAUGGGGAGGAACACAUUUGAAUCUAAUGCUACCCCGUCAUUCCAUUGCCACAUACCCCAUCAAUUGCAGAACAUUACACAAGCUCCAGAGCUACCAUAAGACAUUUUCCUCACACGGUUUUUGUAUGUUCUGGUUGUGUAUUUCCCCAUUCCAAGACUCAGCAUGUACUGGAUCAAGGGUUCUUUCUAGCAAUGUCGCAGUGGUGUUUCUUUAGUUUUGGCAUAACGAGAGUGUAAUGAGUAUGGGUUGCUCGUGCGUAAGUUGCCGCCUCUCCUGGCUAUGUUGCCUUGUUAAACCUUUCUGUCUGGACAGCCCUUCACUUCGUGACUGCCUCAGUCGCUAGCAGAAUCCGUCAGUGGGCGUUUCUUAAACCUUUUCCAACAUAAAAGUUGUUUGACGCCAAGUCUCCUCCUACUCUCCCUGCGCGGAAGCCUUCUGCGCAGGGAGGGCGUGGGUAGCGGAGGACCCGUGCUCUUCCCGCUGGUGUCCGGUGAAGUGUCCUGGAACCCUCUCGCCGAUUCCCCCAUCUGCCCCCCUUUAUCCCUGGUGUUGCGCUGAUUUGCUUCCCCAUCUGCUGAGCUGCCUCUCUCCCUGCUGGGCCCUUCUCCAGCAUCAUUUGAGAGCCUUCCCUCCGCCUCUAGCUCCAACGUCAGUUCCCUGACAUCCACCUCCCCCCCAGGACCCCCUCCACCCCCGGCCCAACCUGUUGACCCAACUUCAUCCCUUUCUUCGGCCGACGAUGCAGGGAACCCCUAGAAGGAGCUGUCGCCAUCCUCUGAGGAUUCAAAACCCGCUUCCCACCCGCUCUGAUCCCUUCCCGCGGGGUGGGCCUCCCAGUCUGAUUCUUCUUCCUCCGAAGCCUCUUCUCCCUCCCCUUCGGAGGCAGAAAAACCCACAAAAUCCUCUUCAUCGUCUGUGGUUCCAAAUUGCUCCUCCCAGAAUCUCGCUAGUGGUUUGGGUUUGUCUGGGAACAGGCGGUGGAAUUCCUCCACCAGAUACCCGUCAGUGAUUGUUUCUGCGGGAACCUACGUGUUUCCCGACCCGGGUUCUCCCUCCCAAGCCACCAAGUACUCCACCUGGCGUCCUCGCCACCUUGAAUCAAGUAUUUCCGUGGCCAAGUUGUGGUGCUCCCUCUCUUCUACCUGCGGGUGUGUGGUGACUUCUCCCUCUCGCCCCGGGAAUCCCCGUCCUUCCCUGUACGGUGAGAGUAGGGACCUAUGGAACACCGGGUGUAUCUUCAUGCUGUCAGGCAAUUUGAGCUUGAAUGCCACAGGGUUUACCUGCUGUGUUACCUCAAACGGUCCCAGCCGCCUGGGCUGCAACUUCUUGCACCCCCCAUUAAAAGGUAACCCUUGGGUUGACAACCACACCCGAUCUCCCACCCGUAUGGUCUCCCCUUCCCUACGGCGCUUGUCUGCCUGCCUCUUGUAAAUUUCCUUGGCCCGCUCCAAGUUCAUGUUAAGUUGCUGGUGCAGGGCUUCCAUUUCUUCCACAAACUGCUCUGCCGCCGGUACGCUCCAACCUUCCUCCCCACUCCCCGGGAAGGCCCUGGGGUGACACCCAUAAUUGGCCAUGAACGGGCUCAUUCCCGUGGACACAUGUUCAGCGUUAUUGUACGCAAAUUCAGCCAGCGCUAGUUUCUCUACCCAAUCGUUCUGCCUCUCGCUGACGUAGCAGCGUAGGUAUUGCUGGAGUAUACUGUUCGCUCUUUCUGCUUGCCCGUUGGUUUCCGGGUGUCUCGCUGUUGAGAAGCUCACUUCGACCUGCAGCAAGCUCAUGAGCUUCCUCCAGAAACGGGAAGUAAAUUGUUUCCCGCGGUCGGAGAUAACCCUCGAAGGAGUCCCAUGCAACCUGAAGAUGUGAUCUACAAACAACCUGGCUGUUUCCUCUGCCGUGACCGCAUGUGAGCAAGCUAUAAAAUGGCACAUUUUUGUUAGUAGAUCGACCACUACCAUGACCGCUGUCUUCCCCCGGGACUUGGGCAAAUCGGUCAUAAAAUCAAUGGACACCACCUCCCAAGGUCUCCCUGGCGUGGGUAAGGGUUCCAGUAAUCCUGCGGGGGCAGCCCGCUCCCCCUUUGCCCUUUGGCAGCGGUCGCACCCCCGUACAUAUUCCCGUACAUCCUCCCUCACCCUGGGCCACCAGAACUGCCUGGUGACGAGCAUCAUGGUUUUGUGCUGUCCAAAGUGUCCAGCUGUGGGGUUGUCGUGGAGUUGUUUGAGUACCUUCCCCCGUAGGGUCUCCCCUGGUACAUACAGCGCCCCCUUAUAGUACAGCACCCCUUCCUUCUCCUCAAACCCUCCUUGGGUUUCUCUUCCGUCUUGGGAGUUCCCGGAUUUUAGUUUGUGCGAACACGUCGUUUCUAGUAAGUCCAGCCAGUUCUCGUUUCCCCACCAAGGUUCCCCCACACACCCAUCGGUCCUCGGGGAUCACGUGUCGUAUCUCCGGCGGCCCCUCUCCUUCCAUGUACUCCGGCUUCCGGGAGAGAGCGUCUGCUCUCACGUUUUCCUCUCCUGGCACGUAUCGGAUUUCGAAGGAAAACUUGGAGAACUCCUGUGCCCAUCAAAUCUGUCUCUGGUUGAGCACUCGUGCGGUCCUCCAGUAUUCCAAGUUCUUGUGAUCUGUACAAACCUGGAUCUUGUGCUGCGCCCCUAUUAGUAGAUGUCGCCAUCGACGAAACGCCGCAUAGAUCGCAAGCAGUUCGCGGUCAUACACAGUAUAGUUUUGCUCCGACUUGUUCAGCUUUCUCGAGAAAAAGGCACACGGUUUCCAUUCCUGCUUGCUCCUCCCUGGCUGCAAAGAACCGCCCCAAUGGCUCUGUCGGACGCGUCGGUCUCUAGCCUCAUGGGUUUCUCCAGAUCCACGUGCAGGAGCUGCUCUUCCGAUGCGAACGCCUUCUUCAGUUUUUCAAAGGAUUGCUGGGCCUCCUCUGUCCAGACGAACUUCCUUUUGCUACUGAGACAAUCUGUGAUGGGUGCUGUCAAGUGGGCGAAGUUCUUGAUGAACUUCCUGUAGAAGUUGCUGAACCCUAGGAACCUCUGCACGUCCUUCCGGGUUUCGGGAGCCUUCCACUCCAGCACUGCCUGCACCUUGCUUGGGUCCAUCGCUAAGCCUUUGUCUGACAACUUGUACCCCAGAAACUCGACUUCUCUGGCGUGAAACUGACAUUUUUCCAGCUUGACCCACAACUGGUGCUUCUGCAGUCGUUUUAGCACUUCCCUGACGUCUCUGACAUGUUGCUCCUCAUUGUCCGAAUAGAUUAAGACGUCGUCCAAGAAGGCUACGCAGUUCUUGUACAGCAGGGACCCCAACACGUGGUGCAUGAAAGCUUGAAAACAGGCGGAGCCCGACUGUAAUCCAAAAGGCAUAACUAGGUACUCAAAGGCCCCCAGGGGUGUGAACAUUGUGGUCUUCCAUUCGUCCCCUCCCUCAUCCUAAUCAAGUUGUAUGCUCCCCUGAGAUCAAGCUUGGUAAAAAAUUUUCCCUGCCUCACCCGUGUUAAAAUGUCGUCAAUCCUGGGCAUUGGGAAGGUCACUGGUUCCGAUACCAAAUUGACGGCCCUAUAGUCCACAACGAGCCUGGGUUGAUUAGUGUCCUUUUUGUCCACAAAGAACACCGGACUGCCCCCUACCGCUUUUGAUUCUCUUAUGAAGCCUCUUUUCAGGUUCUUGUCAAUAAAUUCCCGCAACUCCUUCAUCUCCCUGUCCGACAUGGCAUACAGUUUACCCACCGGUAGCUGCGCCCCAGGGAGCAAGUUGAUUUGGCAGUCAAAGGGCCUAUGGGGGGGUAGUCUAUCUGCCUCCUUCUCGCUGAAGACCUCCUGCAGGUCAGCAUAUUGUGGUGGCACCUCCCCUUUCGGCUCCACAGCUAUCCCAGCCACCCUGGCCACGGUCAUUCUUGGGGUUCCCCCCCCCCCAGACAGUGUUCCAAGCAGUAAGCGGACCCAAAGGUGAUCAUUCUCUGAUGCCAUGCCACCACUGGAUCAUGUUGUGCUAGCCAGCUCAUCCCUAAUAUUAUUGGGGGCCCUGCCAGUGAGGCUACGUGAAAGGCGAUGGUCUCCGUGUGCCUGGAAACCCUCAUUCUCAUUGGUGGGGUCUGGUGCGUCACUUCCCCUCCCAGAAGCUCCCUGCCAUCAAUGGUGGUUACUUGCAAGGGGAAAUCCAGGGGCAGCAGGUGGAGCUGGUGCUCUAGUGCAAAGUCCUUGCUGAAGAAAUUGCAGGAACUGCCUGAAUCCAACAGCCCUUUCACCUUGACUGGGUGCCCAUUCGGGAGUUCUAGCACCACUUCUAUGGCUAUAGCCGCCCUGGGGGGGUCUGGUUGGGGCACUUCUAUUGGUUGCUGGCCUGGCUGCUGUGCCCGCUGAGUGGCAGCCAAGCGUUGGCGUUUCCCUGAUCCUGCCCCUUUACCAUCUCCUCCUCACCCCCUGCAGCUCCCACCAUCCCUUGCCAGGCCUUUCUUUGCGGGCAGACCCUGGCAAAAUGUCCUGGCCGCUGGCAGAAAAAACACUUCUUGGUGGUUUUCCCAUCCUUUCCCUCCCUCUUGCGACCUGCACUGGAGUUUGAAACCUCCCGCCCGCGCGCCCCAUCUAUUUCCAUUGGCUCCGCCGGCGGGGAAGGCUGCCUUGGUAUUUCAGGAAUGCGGUAGUCAUGGUAACGUUGCUCUCUCCCUUCCCACUUCUCCUGGCCCCGCGCUUCCUGCCUUACACCAAUCGCAAGCACAGCCUUGGUCAGCUGAUCCAUCGACUGCGGGCGGGGUGCGCGGGAAAGUUCGUCCUUCACCGUUGGGGACAACCCCUCCUCGAACAGCAUUUGAAUGGGUUCAGAGUCCAAUUCCCACCCGAGCCGGUGGACUAACAUGGCAAAGCGUGACCAGUAGUCUCUAACUGACUGGUUCCCCUGUUUGCAGCCCAUCAGUUCCCGCCGAGUCACACUUUGCUGUACAUCACUGGAAUACAUCGCAUCCAUCGCCUGGAAGAAUUUCCUCAGGUCUUUCAAGGCGGCAUUCUGCGUUGCCAUUAGGGGCCUGAUCCAUUCUCUGGCCCCAUCCUGCAGAUGUCCAACAAUAUAGGCAACCCUCUCCCCAUCGUCUGCAAAAUCAUUCUGUUGCAGUUCCAACGCGUACUCUAUUUCCGUUCGGAACGCACUGUAGUCCUGGGGUUUCCCUUCAAAUUUGUGUACCAGUCCCGGUACCUUCCUUGCUACGGGGGUGGGUCUGACCUGAGCAUCCUGAGCCCGCCUACAUGCUGUUCCAAAUCUCGGUUCCUCUCCACCAGAUUUUGCACUCCAGCUGCUCCCUCCGUGGCACCAGCUUCUCCGGUUUUGCUCAUGAUGCUGCCUGCCUGUCGCCGUGCACGAGCGACGUCAGGGACUGACGGAUUGCUGUAAUGAGUAUGGGUUGCUCGUGCGUAAGUUGCCGCCUCUCCUGGCUAUGUUGCCUUGUUAAACCUUUCUGUCUGGACAGCCCUUCACUUCGUGGCUGCCUCAGUCGCUAGCAGAAUCCGUCAGUGGGCGUUUCUUAAACCUUUUCCAACAUAAAAGUUGUUUGACGCCAAGUCUCCUCCUACUCUCCCUGCGCGGAAGCCUUCUGCGCAGGGAGGGCGUGGGUAGCGGAGGACCCGUGCUCUCCCCGCUGGUGUCCGGUGAAGAGUCCUGGAGCCCUCUCGCCGAUUCCCCCAUCUGCCCCCCUUUAUCCCUGGUGUUGCGCUGAUUUGCUUCCCCAUCUGCUGAGCUGCCUCUCUCCCUGCUGGGCCCUUCUCCAGCAUCAUUUGAGAGCCUUCCCUCCGCCUCUAGCUCCGAUGUCAGUUCCCUGACAGAGAGCACAGAUUUACCGUACUUUUCCAUGUAUUAGACGAGGGUUUUUUAAUCCAAAAUAGUGUUUAAAAACAGAGCUCGUCUAAUACACGGGCAGUACAUUGGGGGACUGGGUGAUUGGUUGCAGCCACAAGCUGCAGCUUGUAAAUGGCGAUUUGGUGAGUGAUUAGUUGCUGCGUCAAGGGCUGCCUUGGAUUGGCUGCCGCUGCGGCAAUUGGGUGUUUGGUUUUCAACUUGUGUUUGCAAACGGGCAGGUGCUUGUCGGCUUCUGCAACGCGAGCAAUUCUGAGCUCUUGUCUUUAGGGUUAGUGAUUUUCUGCACCCCCCAUGGGCAAUCCCCCCCAAAAGCCCAACAACUCUGCACAAUCCUUCCCAAAAGCAAUCCCCCCCAAAGACUCAGCAACUGUAGGCAAUCCUCCCCCCCAAAAAGCUCAGCAACUCUGGUAAUAUAGCCAUCUCCCCCCAUUUUCUUAAAUUAUAGCACCCCAAAAUAGGGGGCGUCGUAUACAUGGGGGCAUCCUAUAGACGGAAAAGUACGGUACUCUGUCUGGCAAUUAAAAGCAGCUAGCAGCAAUAAAACAUGCAAUGACAAUAAACAAGGGUGUGUGGGGUGUACACAUUUCUUCCCUACUGUCAUCUUGAAGAUGUAAAAUGUACCUAUUUCCAUUUAACAAAUAUUUAGAAGCAUGGAAUCAUAAAAAAUAACUCUUGUGCUUGGGCUUCUUUGUGGUCUGACCAUCAGUGCCUAUCUCGCCCACCUAGGUUGCAGUUAGGGAUGAAAGAAUAGGUCAGUUUCUGAAUCAGUUCCCAAUCAGUUCAGUUCAGAAUCAUUUUGCUUAAGGAAAAAAGUCCUCAUGGAAAACAGCCAAGCUUUUAGUGCAAAUUUGUUCAAAUACAUACAUGCAUGCGAUUUUGCCCACUCUAAACAUUUCCCCCCAAGAGAUCCAUAAUGUCAGGGAAGAGUUAGAAGUUUCCAGUUUCUCAGAGGGAGAAAGCUUUCCCCAAGGGGGGAGGAGAGCAGUGCAUCUAAUAGAAGGGAGCAAGAGGAACAACAGGGAGGGACUGGCUGUUCCCAGGAAAGGCAAGGGUUCAGUUCUAACUCAGAUUUGGAGGAGGGGAGAUACAGGCCAGCUCUAGCCAGGAGGGUAGAAAAAAGAGCAGGAAAGCGAAGGGAAGGGUGCCUUCGACAUUUUGAGAGUGGCUGGUCACGGAGAAGCAGAGCUCAGAAGGUAUCUGAAAGAAGUGACUCUGAGGAAUAAUAGUUAAGAACCGUUUAUAAGAUUGAUUUGUUAAUACACAAUAAAAAGUUUUAUAAAAGAACAAGAAGCGUUUGUGUGGUGAUCUGAAGAGGACAACGACCAGUCCUGACACAUAAUAAUAAUAGUAAUAGUCAAUGCAUUUUAGUACAAUAAUAUUUUAUAUGUUAUUUUCACUAAUAUAUGCAUUUUUAUGCACCCCUUCCCUUAAUAUACACAUUUCUGUACACAUUAUUUGACUGGAGAACUGCGUCACACAAUUCAGAGAAUUUUUACAAAAUUUGAAGGUUAACUGUGUUUUGGCUUGGCUAUUGUUUCUUAAAGUGUGGAUCAGGCAGGGCUCACAUUAAAAUCCAAAUGAAAUUGGUGAUGAGCAGAGCACAGGGAAAUACCAGCUAUCAUGAGGCAACAGAUUUGACACUUUUGUAUCUUUCCCCAUCAUCUGUACCUGAAGGAAGUGUGGUCACUUGGGCAUUCUAGAAAAUGGCGUAAGGAAGAAAGCUUGUGUGUGUGCAGAGCCUCACACCUCUGCAAGAGAAGGCAGGGCCACUUGCAGUGUAUGGGGAAACAGCCACACACACAUGUUCCUCCUCAUCCCCUGCCCCAUGAAAUUUCUCUCACCUUCCCAGCAAAAGAGGCAUUAAAAUAGCCUCUUUCACAAGGAGGAAAGAUUGUCAUUAAAAUUUCAUAUAAAUUGGUUAGAGCAUGGUGCACCAUGAUAACAGGUUCGAUCCCCGUACGGGACAGCUGCAUAUUCCUGCAUUGCAGGGAGUUGGACUAGAUGAUCCUCAGGGUCCCUUCCAACUCCAUGAUUCUACAAUUCUACAAAAUUUAAAAUAAAAAGCACUCGAUAGCCAGUGGCCGGUGUAAGUCAGCUUGUUAUAGAAAUAGCUUGGGUUCAAAGUAAAAUAUGGCUCCUCUGUGAAUCAUAGAAUCAUAGAAUCCUAGAGUUGGAAGAGACCACAAGGGCCAUCGAGUCCAACCCCCUGCCAAGCAGGAAACACCAUCAGAGCACUCUUGACAUAUGGUUGUCAAGCCUCUGCUUAAAAACCUCCAAAGAAGGAGACUCCACCACACUCCUUGGCAGCAAAUUCCACUCUCGAACAGCUCUUACUGUCAGGAAGUUCUUCCUAAUGUUUAGGUGGAAUCUUCUUUCUUGUAGUUUGGAUCCAUUGCUCCGUGUCCGCUUCUCUGGAGCAGCAGAAAACAACCUUUCUCCCUCCUCUAUGUGACAUCCUUUUAUAUAUUGGAACAUGGCUAUCAUAUCACCCCUUAACCUCCUCUUCUCCAGGCUAAACAUGCCCAGCUCCCUUAGCCGUUCCUCAGAAGGCAUCGUUUCCAGGCCUUUGACCAUUUUGGUUGCCCUCCUCUGGACACGUUCCAGUUUGUCAGUGUCCUUCUUGAACUGUGGUGCCCAGAACUGGACACAGUACUCCAGGUGAGGUCUGACCAGAGCAGAAUACAGUGGCACUAUUACUUCCCUUGAUCUAGAUGCUAUACUCCUAUUGAUGCAGCCCAGAAUUGCAUUGGCUUUUUAGCUGCCGCGUCACACUGUUGGCUCAUGUCAAGUUUGUGGUCAACCAAGACUCCUAGAUCCUUUUCACAUGUACUGCUCUCAAGCCAGGUGUCCCCCAUCUUGUAUUUGUGCCUCUCGUUUUUUUGCCCAAGUGCAAUACUUUACAUUUCUCCUGUUAAAAUUCAUCUUGUUUGUUUUUGCCCAGUUCUCUAAUCUGUCAAGGUCGUUUUGAAGUGUGAUCCUGUCCUCUGGGGUGUUAGCCACCCCUCCCAGUUUGGUGUCAUCUGCAAAUUUGAUCAGGAUGCCCUUGAGUCCAUCAUCCAAGUCGUUGAUAAAGAUGUUGAAUAAGACCGGGCCCAAGACAGAACCCUGUGGCACCCCACUAGUCACUCUUCUCCAGGAUGAAGAGGAACCAUUGAUGAGCACCCUUUGGGUUCGGUCAGUCAGCCAGUUACAAAUCCACUGAGUGGUAGCAUAGUCAAGACCGCAUUUUACCAGCUUCUUUACAAGAAUAUCAUGGGGCACCUUGUCAAAUGCCUUGCUGAAAUCAAGGUAGGCUACAUCCACUGCGUUCCCUUCAUCUACCAGGCUUGUAAUUCUGUCAAAGAACGAGAUCAGGUUAGUCUGACAUGACUUAUUUUUCAGAAAUCCAUGCUGACUAUUGGUGAUCACAGCAUUCCUUUCUAGGUGCUCACAGACUGUUUGCUUAAUGAUCUGUUCCAGAAUCUUCCCUGGUAUUGAUGUCAGACUGACUGGGCGGUAAUUAUUUGGGUCCUCUCUUUUCCCCUUUUUGAAAAUAGGGACAACAUUUGCCCUCCUCCAGUCUGCCGGGACUUCGCCUGUUCUCCAGGAAUUCUCAAAGAUGACUGCCAGUGGUUCUGAGAUCACAUCUGCCAGUUCUUUUAAUACUCUUGGAUGCAGUUCAUCUGGCCCUGGAGACUUGAAUACAUCUAAACUAGCCAAAUAUUCUUGUACUAUCUCCUUAGUUAUUCUGGGCUGUGUUUCCUUUGCUGAGUCCUUUGCUCCAAUUUCUUUAGGUUGGGCAUUGUUUUCUUUAUUGGAGAAGACUGAGGCAAAAAAGGCAUUGAGGAGUUCAGUCCUUUCUGUGUCCCCUGUUUGCAUUUCACCAUCUUCUCCUCUGAGUGACCCCACUGUUUCUUUGUUCUUCCUUUUGCUACGAACAUACCCAUAAAAGCCUUUUUUUGUUGCUUUUAACCUCUCUAGCAAGCCUGAGUUCAUUCUGUGCUUUAGCUUUUCUGACUUUGUGUCUACACGUGCUGGCUAUUUGUUUGAAUUCCUCUUUGGUGGGUAUUGGAAGACACAAGAUUUACCCACUCUGGAAGAAUGGCAGAUGAAGGUGAUUGACUACAUGGAACUGGCGGAAAUGACUGGCAGAAUCCGAUACCAGAGAGAAGAGGCGGUGAAAGAAGACUGGAAGAAAUUUAAAGACUAUUUACAGUAAUAUUGCAAAAUUAAGGAAUCUUAGAAGGAUGUUGGAUAGAAACUAAGAGGUUUUUAGCUGUAAUGCUUUAAGAGAUAUGAAAAAAGGUUUGCAAUUGGGUAAAAGCUUAAGGGUAAGGAUUUGCUGAACUAACAAACUGAACUGGAAUACAAAAAAGGGAGGUAUGAGGAAGUCCGGGGAAAUAAGUGUAGGGAAGAUAGGUUAAGGAAAAUUAAUGUCUUUUUAACUGUUUUAUUUGGUAUGUUUCUUUUUAUUUUUUACUUUUUUGUUUUAUUUUAACUUUAUUCUUUUUUCUAUAUUCUGUAUUUUUUGUAUUUUUUGAAACUUUAAUAAAUAUUUUUUUUUAAAAAAAAUGAAUUCCUCUUUGGUGGUUUCCCCCCUUUUCCAUUUUUUGUACACAUCCUUUUUAAAUCUUAACUCAGUUAUCCCUCCAUUAUUACAUUCCAGUCGUGGGACUUAUCCCACCAGGUUUCAGUGAUGCCUAUUAUGUCAUAUUUAGUUUGCUGUACCAAGAGCUCAAGCUCAUCUUGUUUAUUUCCCAUGCUUUGCGCAUUAGUGUACAGACAUUGAAGUCCAUUAAUCAUUCCCCCAUGUCUCUUAUUUAAGGAUUUUUUCCUCCCACCACUAGGUCUGCGUGCUGUUUGCUCCAUUUGGUCUAUGACAUUUGGAUGAUCAUCUUCAUCAAUUGAUAGACUCCUACCUUCAGGAGCACUGUCUCCUUCCCCCACAUUAGUCAGUUUAAAGCCCUCCUGAUGAGGUUUCUGAGAUUUUUGGCAAAAAAAAUUGCCAGAAGUCCAUCUUCAAGAAACUGCAGUCCGUGAUCUAAGAAUCCAAACCGUUCUUGUUUACACCAUUUGCGAAGCCAGCUGUCCACUUCCACUAUUUUUCCCUCUCUCCCUGGGCCACAUCGUUCAACUGGGAGGACAGAUAAGAUGACAAUUUGUGCAUUUAAUUGCUUCAAUUUCCUGCCCAGAGCCUCGUAGUCUCUUUUGAUCUUCUGGAGGCUAUUGCUUGCAGUGUCAUUGGUUCCCACAUGAACCAAGAGGAAGGGGUAUUUGUCAGUGGGUUUUAUGAUUCCUUGCAGUCGUUCAGGUACAUCUUGGAUCUUAGCCCCGGGGAGACAGCACACUUCCCGGGACAUCUUGUCAGGCCCACAGAUCACUGCUUCUGUUCCCCUCAGUAGGGAAUCCCCUAUCACCACUACACGCCUCCUCUUAAGUUUGGUCGGGGUUCUUCCGUGAGCUGUCCGUUCCAAGGUUGCCUGCACAUUCCCUGAGGGCUGACUUUGCUGCUCUUCUUCAUAUACCUGAUCGACUGUAAUGAGGGAGAGAUCCUCAAAUGGAGUCUGCUCUUCGUCUUCCAUGCUAGGGGAGAGGACCUCAAAGCGAUUGUGUAUUUCUAAACAAUCAGAGCGAACCCUGGGCCUCCUACUUCUUUGAGUCACGUUUCUCCAUAUAUCUGGCUCCUGUGUUGGUGAACUAGCCUCCUUCUCAGGGGAGUCCCCUGUCUCCUCCUUGGUGGAGACGGUGUGCUCUGUUGCUUCCAAGAAGAGCUCCAGCUCUCUAAUUCUUUGGAGUGUAGCUACACGUUCCUCCAGUUGCUGGACUUUGUCUUCUAAGAGGGCAAUCAACAUGCAAUUGCUACAGGUAAAGCUGCCUGCAACCUUUGGCAAGAUGGCAAACAUUGCGCAGGAACCGCAGGCGACUGCAGCUGUUCCCUCCCCCUCCAUCUUGAGAACUUGUCGUUGGGGGUGGCUACAGCGGUCCUCCAUCAUAAAAAUGACUUGUUACCCCAUUAGUGUAUGCUAUUUUUAUUUUGUCUAUGUUCUUCUGAUUUUAACAGACACUUUGGCAACAUCUCCUAGACACUUUGCAAGGAAAGACCUUCAGUGCUAAUUAUGGCCUCUUACUCCUUUGGGCAUCUCAAGCUAAUGCAAUUCCUGUAAGUAUGAGACAGAAGGUAUGCUUCCUUCAGUGAGUAAAGUGAAUCAAGGAGCCACUGGCAGGCAAUUUUCUGAGCCUUCAGUUUCUUAGAAAAGUACGGUAAGUCUCUAGCCCUUCCAGGAAGAAAGUUAUGAAACAAUGUGCAAUUUCUAUGUAUUUUCUUUCAAAUGACCUGGGCUAGCUGCUCCUGUGUUGAAGUUUAUAGCCAGUGAGUGAAGUCAGGCAUGUGACUGAUAAGGUGAUUUGUUUGAACACCAGGAAAUCAGAAUAAUUGCACCAGGGCCCAUGCCAGCAACCGGGGCCCCAGACUCCGAGGUCGCAUUUUUUAAAAGAGUAAAUCUCUUGUCCUUGUAGAAAGAAAGGUAUUAAGCAACCUUCUAAGUUGGGGUCUGAUGCAAGCAGAGACUAGUGUAACUUCUUCUCACUCUGCAGACAAAGAGCCCUGGGUGGAGUUGGAAGGGCCCACCCACUUUCAAAUCCAGUUGGUUAUGAUUUUAACUCCUCUCUCCCUUUCUGGAGGGAAGGACUUGCCUGGGCAGUUAUCAUGAGACCCAGAUGGAAAGAAGAGUGUCAGGGACUGGGCACAUGAGGGGGAGCUUCCACCUAAUUCAGAGGCCUCAUUAUUAUCAUCUUCCCCCUCUGCCUGGCUUACAGCAAAAAUUGUUUGGGGAAGGGUGAGCACAGUGCAAAGGCACAUUCAGCCCCGCCCCACAAAAAUGGGCUGUGUACAGGGCCUCACAAAUCAUGAACCUGAUACAGUGGUGCCUCGCAAGACGAAAUUAAUCCGUUCCGCGAGUAUCUUCGUCUAGCGGUUUUUUCGUCUUGCGAAGCAACCUUAUUAGCGGCUUAGCGGAUUAGCGCUAUUAGCGGUUUAGCGGCUAUUAAAGGCUUAGCGGCUUAGCGGCUUAGCUGCUAAAAGGCUAUUAAAGGCUUAGCGGCUUAGAAAAGGGGGGGGAGCGAAAAAAAAUCUCAAGACUCGCAAGACAUUUUCGUCUUGCGAAGCAAGCCCAUAGGGACAUUCGUCCUGCGAAGCGCAUUGAAAAACGGAAAACCCUUUUGUCUAGCGGGUUUUCCGUCUUGCGAGGCAUUCAUCUUGUGGGGCACCACUGUACUGCCAUCCUCAAUUCAAGGGACAGCACUCUGCUUUUGUAUGUGAGGCAGGCAUUCUGGUAAUGCUACUUCUUUCUCUGGGUCUCACUAAGAUGGGAUUUCUGGAUUAGGCAGCAGUUUUUGAGGAGAAUCCAUAGGUAUCUGAGGAUGCUGUGAAGAACAUAUUCUUAAGAGCGGGGAAUAAAGGAAGCACUAUCCUUUGGGGUUCUUCCUCCCCUUCAUCUGAGGCAAAAUUUGCAGGAGAGAUUGAUUCAGUAACAAAAGAUUCUGAAUCCCAUUGUAACAUGACGCAUGAACGUUUCAUCUCGGAACCCUUAAGAAUAUUACGCAUAAUGCCUUAACAGGUUUUAGAGGCUAGGCAUUAUUCUGAACACACAUUGAAAACAGCAGCCCUGUGUCAAGUCUCCCCCCCCCCAAUGAUUCUAUGAUCUUCCCUUCCUUGUGUAGAAAAGCAAAUGACUGCCCCUUCGAGAGAAAGCAGCAUACCAGAGUCACCUUCUCUUCCUGCUGUACACAGCGACCCAGCCAAAGAGGAGCUCUGGGACUAGAAGCAAAGUUUAAAUAUGUAAUCUAACCACAGUUAUGCAAUUUUAUGAUUGUGUAUUGUUAAGAAGAGAUAUUAAGUAUAUUUAAUAUUUAAGAAAAAACAGCAAGUAGCUGAGAUGAGGCAUGUCAUAGAAUUGUAGAGUUGGAAGGUACCCCAAGGGCCAUCUAGUCCAACCCUUUGCAGUUCAGGAUUCUAAAGUAUCCAUGGCAGAUGGCCAUCCAAUCUCUGCUUAAAAACCUGCAAGGAAGCAGAGUCCACCACCUCCCUAAUGAGACUGUUCAGAGGGGAUGUGAGAUCAGUUAGUCUACUCUAGCAGUUUGAACUUUGUGGUCUUUAACCCCUUCAUAUACUUAUGAGCAUUGUUUGACUGCGGAUCUCCCACAGAUUUUAGGUCCCAUACAUUCCGGUUUCAGAUACUGAAGCAAAAACAGUCGAGUCUAAUAAAAAUUACAUUUGGCUAGAUCACGUACAUACUGUUGCCAGAACACCAGAUAUAGUAAACUACUCCCCUCAGGAGGAGAUGGGAUGGGGGAUAUCAAAUUUAGAAUUUUAUUAUGAAGCGUUCCAAUUGAAAUAUUUAAUAGAUAUUGUUUAUAAUGAUAAGAUCAAAUGGUUAGGAUGGAGAAUGAAAUAAAUAAUGGAAUAGGAAGAGAGGGGAUCUUUAUCAGAGAUAUACAGAUGGCAUGUAAGAAGACGACAGGACCUAGGAAAAUAGCUCCAGCAAUUUGGAAGCAGUGGAAUAAGAAAUGGAUGCCUAUAUAUUCAAAGUGAGCUCCAUUAAAAUAUAUAGAUAAGAGUGAUACAGAUCCUGGAUGGUGGAAGAAAUUAGAAGAACAUGGAUUUAAUAAAUUAAAAGAUGUGUUAGAUGAAGACGGGAAGUUAAGGACAAAAAAUAGCAUUUUGGAGAAAGUAGGAAAACAAUAUUGGUUGGAAGUGCAAGGGCUAUAUAAAUUAAUAGAAGUGAAAAAAAUAGAGGAUAUGAUGAGGUCAGGAUCCGUAAUUGAUGAAAUACUUAACAAAAGACAAUUAACAGAGAAAGGGAUAGCAAGCAUGGUAUAUAAAUCAAUGAUAAGAAGUAAGGAAAGGAUGAUAAGGAUAAUUCAGAAUAAAUGGGAGCGGGAAGGGCUGUUUCAUUUGAAUACGGUCCAAGAGAUGAUGAAGAGUACAGAUAAAAUAAAAAGAAUAAGAUUAAUAUAAAGAAUUAAGUAGGAAAUUCCUAUUGAAAUGGUAUAGAACCCCGGUACAACUGGCAUAUAUAGUUAAAGGAUUGAGUCCUAAGUGUUGGCAUUGUGGUCAAGAGUUAGGGUAUAUGCACAUAUGUGAUGGGAGUGCAUUUGUGUAAAGGAAUAUUGGCAAAAGAUUAUAUAGGUUAUUUCUGAUGUAUUUCAGGUUAAAAUAGAAGUCAAUAGAGAAAUGCUUAUCUCAGGAAUACUGGAGAAUAGAAUCAUAGAAUCAUAGAAUCAUAGAAUCAUAGAGUUGGAAGAGACCACAAGGGCCAUCGAGUCCAACCCCCUGCCAAGCAGGAAACACCAUCAGAGCACUCCUGACAUAUGGUUGUCAAGACUCUGCUUAAAGACCUCCAAAGAAGGAGACUCCACCACACUCCUUGGCAGCAAAUUCCACUGUCGAACAGCUCUUACUGUCAGGAAGUUCUUCCUAAUGUUUAGGUGGAAUCUUCUUUCUUGUAGUUUGGAUCCAUUGCUCCGUGUCCGCUUCUCUGGAGCAGCAGAAAACAACCUUUCUCCCUCCUCUAUGUGACAUCCUUUUAUAUAUUUGAACAUGGCUAUCAUAUCACCCCUUAACCUCCUCUUCUCCAGGCUAAACAUGCCCAGCUCCCUUAGCCGUUCCUCAUAAGGCAUCGUUUCCAGGCCUUUGACCAUUUUGGUUGCCCUCCUCUGGACACAUUCCAGUUUGUCAAUGUCCUUCUUGAACUGUGGUGCCCAGAACUGGACACAGUACUCCAGGUGAGGUCUGACCAGAGCAGAAUACAGUGGCACUAUUACUUCCCUUGAUCUAGAUGCUAUACUCCUAUUGAUGCAGCCCAGAAUUGCAUUGGCUUUUUAGCUGCCGCGUCACACUGUUGGCUCAUGUCAAGUUUGUGGUCAACCAAGACUCCUAGAUCCUUUUCACAUGUACUGCUCUCAAGCCAGGUGUCCCCAUCUUGUAUUUGUGCCUCUCAUUUUUUUGCCCAAGUGCAAUACUUUACAUUUCUCCCUGUUAAAAUUCAUCUUGUUUGUUUUGGCCCAGUUCUCUAAUCUGUCAAGGUCGUUUUGAAGUGUGAUCCUGUCCUCUGGGGUGUUAGCCACCCCUCCCAAUUUGGUGUCAUCUGCAAAUUUGAUCAGGAUGCCCUUGAGUCCAUCAUCCAAGUCAUUGAUAAAGAUGUUGAAUAAGACCGGGCCCAAGACAGAACCCUGUGGCACCCCACUAGUCACUCUUCUCCAGGAUGAAGAGGAACCAUUGAUGAGCACCCUUUGGGUUCGGUCAGUCAGCCAGUUACAAAUCCACUGAGUGGUAGCAUAGUCAAGACCACAUUUUACCAGCUUCUUUACAAGAAUAUCAUGAGGCACCUUGUCAAAUGCCUUGCUGAAAUCAAGGUAGGCUACAUCCACUGCGUUCCCUUCAUCUACCAGGCUUGUAAUUCUGUCAAAAACGAGAUCAGGUUAGUCUGACAUGACUUAUUUUUCAGAAAUCCAUGCUGACUAUUGGUGAUCACAGCAUUCCUUUCUAGGUGCUCACAGACUGUUUGCUUAAUGAUCUGCUCCAGAAUCUUCCCUGGUAUUGAUGUCAGACUGACUGGGCGGUAAUUAUUUGGGUCCUCUCUUUUCCCCUUUUUGAAAAUAGGGACAACAUUUGCCCUCCUCCAGUCUGCCGGGACUUCGCCUGUUCUCCAGGAAUUCUCAAAGAUGACUGCCAGUGGUUCUGAGAUCACAUCUGCCAGUUCUUUUAAUACUCUUGGAUGCAGUUCAUCUGGCCCUGGAGACUUGAAUACAUCUAAACUAGCCAAGUAUUCUUGUACUAUCUCCUUAGUUAUUCUGGGCUGUGUUUCCUUUGCUGAAUCAUUUGCUCCAAAUUCUUCAGGUCGGGCAUUGUUUUCUUUAUCGGAGAAGAUUGAGGCAAAGAAGGCAUUGAGGAGUUCAGCUCUUUCUGUGUCCCCUGUUUGCAUUUCACCAUCUUCUCCUCUGAGUGACCCCACUGUUUCUUUGUUCUUCCUUUUGCUACGGACAUACCCAUAAAAGCCUUUUUGUUGCUUUUAACCUCUCUAGCAAGCCUGAGUUCAUUCUGUGCUUUAGCUUUUCUGACUUUGUGUCUACACGUGCUGGCUAUUUGUUUGAAUUCCUCUUUGGUGGUUUCCCCUUUUCCAUUUUUGUACACAUCCUUUUUUAAUCUUAACUCAGUUAAAAGUUCUUUAGAUAGCCACCCUGGCUUCUUUAGGCACCUUCCAUGUUUCCGUCUCAUUGGUAUUGCCUGACGUUGUGCUUUUAGUAUCUCCCUCUUAACAAACUCCCAGCCAUCAUGAACUCCCUUUCCUUUUAGUAUUACUGUCCAUGGGAUCUCACCCAGCACUUCCCUAAGUUUUAUGAAGUCAGCUUUCUUAAUAGUAAAAUAGAAAGAAAAGUAAAAUAGAAAGAAUAGUAAAAUAGAAAGAAAAGAGCAAGAUUGGUAUAAAAUUAUGAUCUUAGCUGGUAUGCUUGUUAUUGUAUUAGGAUGGAAAGAAAAUGAUAAAUGGACAAUGGAAAAAUGGAAUGACUAUGUGUCAGAGCUGCUUCCAGAUCCUAGCUCACAGAGGAUCACGCUAGCCAGCGAUCAUUAAACAAAAGUCUUUAUUGAGUUACAGUUUCCAUUCUCAAACUGCUGCGUGCAACUCUACGUCUCAUGGUUAGACCGGCGAAGCUCCGUCUGAGUCUCCGCCCCUUGUACACCAACUUAAUAUCCUAGCCCUGCUCCACCUUUUCCGCCUGACUGUUCUUCUCUGGGUCCCUCUGCCCCCUGGGGUCUCUUCUUUCCGGGAUUCCUCUGACGCUGACCCCCCUGACUCUUCUCCCUCCUUUCGGCGGGCUUUAGGACCUGGCUCCCUUUCCGGGCUGCCUACUGUGCCACCUUCCUGUGCAUUUGAACUUGGCACGCGCGCCCAACCUUCCACCUUCCGUCUGACCGUUUCUUCGCUCCCCGAUGGAGGUGUGGCCACUCCUGACUCGUGCCCUCCCCCCUGUUGUGAGCUGCCAGCGCUUGAUCCCUGGCUCCCUUCCUCUUCCCUGCUCUCUGGCGGUGACGCUGGUCCCGAUUUCCAACUGCUCCCCUCUGAGUCCCCUCUGGCUCUAUCUUCCUGGGGCGUCCCCUAGGCUCCCCCUUGCCCUGGCCACUGGUGCUCCUUUCUGUGAAUCUUCUGAUUCACUGGAAAGACUCGGAGAUCUCGGGUCGUCGUCAUCACUCAUCUUUUCUUCUGCCUCCUCCCCCUCGCUCUCUGUUUCCUCCCUUGCCCUUGCCUCUGCUCCUGAACCCCUGACACUAUGUUUUUGAAUAUAUACAAUCUGAUAUAUUUGAACAGGUAAUGACGGAAGAUACAUGGGAAAACAAAUGUCAACAGAUUUUGGAUAAAAGGACAAGUUAUAGGAACUGGAUAGCACGGGGGGAAGCCAACCCAAGCAUCCAGAUUAGAAUGAAUAAUCUGUGCACAUGGUUAAAGAUAUGAAGAAAGGACAAGUUUUGGGGGAGGGGUAAAGGGGAGGGAGGAAGGGGGGAAUAAAAAAAAUAGGAUAAAUGAGUAGGGACAAAAGUAUAUACUGUUAUGUAUAACUAAUAGGAGGAUGAUUUUGAUGCAUGUUAUUGUUAGAUUUUCAACUGAAUGAUUAUUUUUGUCAGUUAUUCGACAUCCCUAGAUGAAAGUGUGAUCAUAAAGAAUGGGGAAAAAUAAUAAUAAUAAAAAGAACUUUAAAAACAAACAAACAAAUGUACAUACUGUUUAAUCAUUAGGAAGAGAAUAAGAGGAGUCCUGGCUGUCUAGUCCCAUCGUGUACAAUGAGAUGCUCCUGAAAGCCCACUAAAAGGACAUGAGGGUUAUAGCCGCUGAUAUUCAGAGACUUGCUACCUCUGAAUAUAGCAGGUUAGCCACUUAGAGUAGGAGCCAUUGAUAAACCCAUUCCAUGUGAAUCUGUCCAAUCCCACUUUAAAGACAUCUGAGGUAGUGGCUGUCAGCACUCACAGUGACAACAAAUUCUAUGGGUUAAUGUGUAAUUACCUCAGGUCAUUCUAUGACCAUUUCCUCUGGUCUUUCUUUAGGUUUCAUUCUGGACACUAGCAUUUAUUCUAUCUCAACCUUCUGUUUACAAAAAAGUCAUGGAUGAACUAGAACCGGUUUAUAGAAAAUCAGGUAAAUAUGCCUAAAUGCCUUACUAUGACAUCGGAACUGUUUGGAACAGUCUGCAUAUCUGCAUCUAUGUGCAUCUGUCAUAGGCUUUGAUCUGAAGGAUUUCACCAAAUUAAUUUAGACAUAGCAGUAAGCAGUGAAUUGGUAUUGGAUGCAAUUUGAGGAUCACAAAAUGCUUAUUGUUUUAGUGUUGAGCCCCAGGUACUUCUUGAUAUUGAAGUAGACAUUUGUAUAACUACACUUAUGUUCCAACUGGGAUUAAUCUAUGCACAUAUCUUAGUUUUGUUUUUUUUAAAAUCACAUGGAUAUUGGCCAGAAGAAUACGCUUGUGAAGAAGUGUCAAAUCCUGCCUAUUAUUAAACAUACAUGUCUAUUGGAAAACCUUGUGUAUGAACCUGUCACCCAAGUAUCCCUUUAAACACACCUUGAGAGGAGGGGGAACUUUGGUAGAGAUGAACCAGGCACUGUCCUUGAAUGGGUCUGAAUAGUUUGUGUGUAACCCAAGAAUGUAGGUCCAGACCUGACUAAAGCAAAGCUUUCUUUUAUUGCAAGAAAAGAGAGAGAAACAAAAUUAUUUGGGUGCGUGGCAGCAUUAAUUAUGAAUAUUGUAAUCUAUUCCUAACUCUAAACUAAGACAUAAAAGGUCCCUACUGCUACAAGACGUAACAGGUGCCAGAAAUUAUAUCUUCUAGACUGAAGAGUGUAGGGAGUGGUAUACAGUAGCAUCUGUGAAGAAUAUACCAUAUUUUUUCGUGAAUAAGAUGCCCCCAUGUAUAAGGCGCCCCCUAUUUUGGGGGACUCCAAAUUAAGAAAACACCCCUCAGCACUACCUGUGUAUAAGACAUGCUCCAAUUUUAAACCUUAUUUUUUUGGUAAAAAAAAACCCUAGUCUUAUACACAGAAAAAUACAGUACUUUCUAACACUAUAGGCCAAUGACUUGUUCUGCUAUCUUGAACAAUGGGAUUUUCCUGCCAAGCAUGAGGGAAGCUGCCAAGGAGAUAAGAUAAAAACUCUUGUCAUGAACUCAUUGUAUUUUGGGGAACUCACAAAUUGAUUAAUUUAUUUAUUGCAAGUUGAAAUGCCUGAAUCCUUGUCAUGUCAAAUGAAUGAAACCCACAGUGGGUAAAAAAAGGAGAAGGGUGCCUGUUAUGAACCAAGUGCUCCAAAUGAACUAAGUGCUGGUCUGCCAAAGGCAUCCACCUAGCACUGCCUUGCACUUUCUAAGCAAGCAAGCAAGGCCCAACUCUUUACUGCAGUUUACAACCCACUUGUUGAGUAAGAUUAUAGGGCGUUUGCUAGACAUUUGAUAUGGUAGGGCUGCCAGAGAGGAGAGUGAAUCAAUAUUGUUUCAACUGUUUAACAUUUGUAACUUCUCCUCCAAAAUUUGAUCGUAGUCACACCAUCUUUCUCUCAUUAUACUUAACCUGAGUUCUACUGCUCUCAUUAAGAGUUCCCACUCUUGCAUGACUGUGAAUUCACAUAAAGAUAUGGGAAAGCUUGCAGUGUUUCAGUAACUGGACUUUUGUAUGUGACUUUUGCAGGUAAAGAAAACAUCCAGUUAUCUGAAGAUGACCUAAAAAAGUUCCCAUUUAUCAAGUGGUGUAUUUUGGAAACAAUACGAUUAAGGGCACCAGGUGCCAUCAUCAAGAAAGUGAUCGCGCCAAUGACAAUUCAAGUAAGGUUUUGUUAAUGACGGUAAUAGUGUACCACAGUUCUUCAUUCAAUAAUCUUUAAAAUGAAUAUGUUGUUGAAUGUAUGAAACAUACAGAUACACAGAAAUUCCUGUCAAGUCAUCUAUUUAGCACAAAUGACACCCUCUCCAGCCUGUUUCACUGUCUUGAAGAUAAUGAGGGAUGCUGAAAUUUAUGUGUGAUUCUACUUCAAUGAAGGCAUCAUAGAUAAAAGCUAGCAAGUACAGUACAUCUUCGUGUUUAGGGUCUGGCUAACAAUCAAUUAUUACCUAAGUGCAUCACUUUAUUAGUGACCUCAUAUAGACAGGAUUAUCUGCUGUGUUCUUGUGAAAUAAAUAUGUUUAUAAAUGACUGGCUUUGUUGGAACAGAGUUUGAAGUGUGCAUUAGGCAGCCCUGUCUUUUUAAUGUUUGAUGUUUUAUUGUAUUUUAAAUAUUUUGUUGGAAGCUGCCUAGAGUAGCUGGGGAAACCCAGCCAGAUGGGUGGAGUAUAAAUAAAUAUAUGGUUGUUAUUAUUAUGAUGAUGAUGAUGAUGAUGAUGAUGAUGAGCAUGUUCUUCUGCUUUUAGAAUUUUGUUAUCCCUGUUGGUGACCUGCUGGCCUUGUCUCCAUAUUGGAUUCAUAGAAACCCCAAAUAUUUUCCUGAGCCUAAUACUUUUAAACCAGUAAGUUAUUACAUGGGAGCCGUUUGUUUUUCUCUUUUCUCACUAGCUGAUGUGGAGUAUAGUAUGUAUGUAUGUAUGUAUGUAUGUAUGUAUUUGAUGCUGGUUGCAUUUUUAUCCCACCUUUGCCAAAAAACUUAAGCAACCCUGUGAGGAAGGUUAGGCUGAGUGGCUGUGUGUGGUGACAUCGCCCCUUUAAGACUGGUUUAUGGGAAUGGGUUAGGGGCUUCCGAUCCCGCCUGCCUUAAUGGAGGCAGCCCCCCCCCCCCGACAGCAGGCAAACAAAAAACAAGGAUGACAGAGGGCAAAUCUUCCUUGCAAAUUACCCCAAGGGACAGGGGGAAUGGACUUCACUUGCAGUUCAUCUCUUUUUUUAAAAAAAUAAUUUUUAUUAACCGGCCAAUCAAAUCAAAUUAAAUCACAUCACAUAAAUUCCGAAUUACAAAGCCGAAUUUUAAAUUUUGUUGGGGGGACCCAUAUUUCAAGAUCCGAAGGGGGAUUCUGAUCAUCUUCUUGCUACUGCGUUAAUGUCCAAAUCAGUCCAAAUCAGUCCAAACAAAGUUCAUAAUUCUAUCCAAUCUUAUCUUGCUGUUUCCACAUCACAUCUUGUUUAUAUAUUUUCUCUUUUUUCUUUAUGAUCUCUUCUGAUUGUCUCCUUAAGCCGAUAAACACCAAUAAUAAUAAUAAUCCUGUGUGAAUUUUCCGUUCUUCCAUUCCUCAAAUCGAGAUGGUUUCCAUAUAUCAUCGCCUUCAUAGAUAACAUCGCUCUUUCCAUCUCGCAAAGCUGUCGCUCUUAAGUCCCUCUGAGGAGUUUCACCCACAAUAUAUAAACAGCUCUAUUUCUCUCUUUCUCCUCCCAGACUCAAGACCUCCGACAGAACUUCCCAAUAUGGCAACGGCAUUUUUAACUGCGUCAUUCCCAAGCUCUUAUACAUUCCUCGCUCUUCUUAAAACAUGCUUUGGUUCGAAAGUUUAUCUCCACACAGCCUUAAAUCCACAGCUUAAGUCCUUAAAACGACAUUUCUGACUUGUGACUCGUGAGGGGAGGGGAUUCUUGUUAAUCACAUAAGAAAAGAAAGGAAAGUUUUUUUCCCCUCCCCCAUCAGUCAUUUGCCAUACCAUGUCUUGGCGUAUCUUCUCAUGUUUAUUCUUGUCUUGUUUUAUCAGAGAUCUCUUCUAUAGCAGUCUUUACUCCCCUCCUUCCUUGAAAUAUGUGCAUUCCUUCAUCCAAAUUGUUUUCUUUUGAAGUUCUAGCAGCUAGUGGCGCGAAUCAGGGACAGCGUCCAGGAGUGCCGGAAUCCCACAGGAGGGCUUUGUGCCUAGUGCCCCCAUCCCCACAAGUUUGGGAGUGGUAUAGGGUACAGCAGGCAAAGGCAGUCCCCCCCACCGUCCUGGGGGGGGGGGGUUAGGGAGGCUAAUUACUCCCAUCAUAGCCUCCAAAUUACCUCGUGUGGGUCGGAGAGGUGUUAUUGUCAGCCAUCUUCCGAUGCGCCCCCUAGUGGCCCCCCCACUUGCAGUUCAUCUCAGUACCUGGCUCUCGCUCCAGCAUGGAAUGUGGGAGGCAGGGAGGUGCUGAGUGCAAAAGUACUUCUCCUGGCAAAAGCCCUCCUACGCUGCAGUUAAGAAGCAGAGGUUCUCGGUUUCCGGCCACACCCACGAUUCAUAGCGCUAGCUCUCCUCUGCCCUCUGGGGAAAGCAGGGGAAAGCCAGGAUUUAUGAGGCAAAAUUCCUGGCAAUGCUCCUGGGGGGUUCUGGGGAGUUCACUGCAUCCUGCGGUGCUGCUUAUUCACAUCUCUGCCUGGGAGUGUGUCCCUGCCAUGGACGAGCCUCCAUCCAUCGGCAGCAUGAUUUGAGAAUGGUUCCUCAAGAAUUCAGAAUAUUGGCAUUAAUUAUGGGGCACUCCUGAAGCGGCAUAUGAUAAUGGGCUGCAACUAACCAGCUACCGAAUGGACUGGACAUGAGCUAUGAAGGUAUCUGAAUGACUUUGAACAAGGACGAAAUUUCUUACAACAGUAAGGAACAAUGAUGGGGGGGGGCAAUGUUUGCUUUCGUGGUUUUUUAAGGGUCUUUUAUUUUCUGACCACCUCCCCACAAAAUGGAAGAAUUGUGUGCAGGCGUUAUGAUGUUAUCUGAUAUCAAGAAAUGUGGGAGCCAUUGAUUUAUGCUCUAUAAAGGGUUUUACAAUGCUUUUCUAUACCCUCCCCUCUCGAACGUAUAAAUUAUUAUAUAAAUUAUUCUUGGACUUGAUCUGUAGUGAGAUGAGAUUUGCAAGGACGAGGGUCUGCUAAUUGCACUUGGGGGGGGCGGAUUUUAUAUGUGUCUUUGAUUUUUAACUGCGGGCUGUGGAAAAUAAUCCCCAGAGUUUUAAUGGUGGAAUGGUCAUCUUGUCGGGAUUUAUUUAUGGCUCAGUGUGGCCUUGAACAACGGAAGGACUGCUUUCAAAGGAGUUCUUAAAGGAGUGGAAUGUGAAUGGACAAUGAAUUAUGGCGGUUAGUCCCUCUACACACCAGACCUGAGAAAAGAGUGCCUGAAGGGCUGCACACGGGAAAUGGACUUUUAUGUGUUUGGGAAACAACAGAAGAACUGACUGUAAGGCAACAAGAGCGGAUAGCUAUAUAAAUGGAUUAAAACGAAUAGAAGGAUGAAAAGAUGAUUAAAUAAGAACAAUGAAGCAGCAACAUCAGAAAGAAUUGGACAUAUUUGCAACAGGAGCUGGAAGCCUUUUUUUUUUAAUUUAAAAAAUGUUUAAAUAAUUUGGAUUGAUUUGUUAAAAUUUGGAAAACAAGUUAAUUUUUUUAAAAAGAAGCAGAGGUUCUCUAUUCAAUUGGAUCUUUAAUUGGCUUUAAAGUACAGUGGUACAUCUGGUUAUGUACUUAAUUCGUUCCGGAGGUCCGUUCUUAACCUGAAACUGUUCUUAACCUGAAGCAGCACUUUAGCUAAUGGGGCCUCCCGCUGCCACCGCACGAUUUCUGUUCUCAUCCUGAAGCAAAGUUCUUAACCCGAGGUACUAUUUCUGGGUUAGCGUAGUCUGUAACCUGAAGCGUCUGUAACCUGAAGCGUAUGUAACCCGAGGUACCACUGUACCAACAUGUGAUGGAAAAGGGUUGCAACAACAUACUGCUGAAUAUACUGACUACUGGGAUCAAAGGUUUGAAUUAAGAUUUUCUUUGGCAUGAGAGUCGGUUGGAGAGAAGGAAGCAUUUAUAUAUUUAUGAUUUGGCAACCCUUUUUGUGUGCUACUGACGGAAUGUAAUCUAAGAUGAAGUUUAAUUGAGCCAUAAAUCUCUUGCUGGAAGGAAAAGAAUUUAGGAACCCUACACAAGAACCAAACCCAGCGGCCUGUCGGCCAUGUUACCUUCAGACAAUGGCUGAGAUUAAUUUACUCCCAAUUAAGGAAGCCCAGCACACUGAAGAGAACACUACACCACCUCCAAUAAAGAGAACCAUCCCGAAGGUGAAUUCACCAGGCUCUUGGGACAAGCUGAGGUAUCUAAAUGAGGCGGAAUUAGGCCACAAUCAGGUUCCGGAAAAACACCUACGGAAAGAGAUAACACACUUCAAAGGCCCGGCGACCACUAAUGUCAGUAUUCAACAGUUAACAGCCGAAACUAUAGAACAUUUGGCUAGUUUGCCAUGUAUGGAGAGCAAUGGGCCGGCUUAUAAAAAAGUAAUCCCUAAAAGCACCUUGGGAAAUAAUUGACAAAGAUUAGACCAGAGACAAACACCAGCCGGCUCCCUAUCUCCGCGGAAAUCCGAUAUCAUUAGAUACGAACAGACUCAACCCUCACUCACAAAUCAAGUAAAAGCAGUUGUUUCCUUGAAAGACGCACCCAACCUACCCCAGAGCCUUAAAAUUGUCUCCUGGAAUGUUAACGGCUGGGCGACAAAGCAAAUGGAUCCUGAAGCAAUGAAUCUCAUCUCUUCUUUCGACAUUGUAUGCCUCCAAGAGACCUGGUCCCAACAAAGUAUUGUUCUCCCAAAUUAUUGCUCCUUUAGCUCCUGUGCUCGUAAACUAACCAACAGGGGUCGCCCCCAAGUUGGCCUCGCCUGUCUUAUUUCAACCAGCUUACCCCUCACUAUUUGCGAGGAAAUUAAAUCUUCCCCUUACUUUCUCACCAUAAAGAUUCAUCUCCCAAAGACCAAAAGCCCAUGGUUGAUAACUACAGUAUAUCUGCCCCCAGCAAUUAAUGAUUUCGACCGCAAUGAAAGGUGGUCUGAACUUUCGUCUUGGCUCCAUGAUCUCCAAACAACUAACCCAGGACUCCCUCAAAUCCUCUUAGGCGACUUUAAUGCAAGAAUAGGUCCCAACGACGAUGAUAUAAUAUCUCCCGCAGCACUCCUGGACAAUCCCCUGCAGCCCCCUGGGAAACAGAUGCUCUCUUGAUCCUAUAACAAAUGCGUCGGGAGGCUGAUGGCCCAACUGGCCAUGGAAAACGAUCUCUGCCUCGCAAAUGGUAACAUUACUCCCUUGUCCUCGCAGCAAUUAACGUGCAUCACUUCCCGGGAACCAGUGUUGUCGACUACAUUUUAUUGACGCCGGAGCUAUUCUCAAUUUCUACAAAAAUGGAAGUGGCUGAAUAUUUUGGUGGUGACCACCUUCCAUUGACUCUAAUGUUAAACCUAAUAGAGCCACUCCCAGUCUCCUCAAACUAUAGAACCAUGGUACAAAGCCACCCUGUAUACAAAACAAAGAAAUGGACAAGCCUCAGCUCCUCUCUUGCCCUGGACAUACAAAAAUCAUUUGAUAUGUCUGCAGUUCCCUCUGAUCCAAUCCUGCCCGCUGACCAAUACCGGAAAUUACUUGAUGCUUUCUCAACAACUUACAUAACCACCACCUCGCCUACUUACCAACGCCUCUUCUCUGAAUCGCCCUGGUUUGACAAGGAAUGUAAAGCCCUAAGAAGGCGAAUUAGGAAAAUGGUCAGAAUCAUCAAAUCUUCCAACGACCCCCAAACCCGUGCAAAGCUCAUAGAUAUUAAAAGGACAUAUAGAAACAUGAUUCAUUGCAAGAAACAGCAGUACAUCUUUGAGGCUUGGUCCACUCUUCGUUCGGCUGUAGAGAGGCAUGACUCCCGCUCCUUCUGGCGCCUAGUUAGACCUUCGGCACCAUUCAAUCCAGCUAUCCAGAUUUCCGCGGAUGAAUGGAUUGCUUAUUAUUCAACUAGUUUCGCUUCUCCAAACCAUCUUACAGAUCUCCUUCAAUCCCCAUUGGACCUCAGUUCCUGCUCUCUUAGUCCCACUUCUUCAAUAAACUUUACUUCAACUCGCAUUUUCAACAUCAUAAUGUCAAUGCAAAGGAAUAAGGCCCCGGCCCAGACAUGGUCCCGUUGGACCUUUUCCUGACUGAUCCUCUUUGGUGGAGCGAACACCUGACUCCUGUAUUCACCGCUAUCUCCUCCGCCCUAGACAUCCCCGACUCCUGGAGAGAAGCUAUAAUAGUUCCGAUCUUCAAAGGCGGCCAGCCAAACAUCCCUAGGAACUAUCGCCCCAUCAGCUUAUUAUCCAUCCCGGGAAAAUAUUUGCCGCUGUUUUACUGGAGGAACUUCUCUCAUGGGUCCAGGAGAGGAACAUUCUACCGCUAGAACAGAUUGGUUUCCGAAAGUCAGCGUCAACCAUGGACCAUUGUCUAACUCUCUUUCACCUUGCCAGUAAAUACACUGCUCCAAGGCAAGGCCACCUAUUUGCCGCUUUCAUGGACCUGGAGGCCGCCUUUGAUUCCAUUCCUAGGCAGAGAUUAUGGUCCAAACUUGCUCAUCUGGGAAUUGAUCCGCACCUUCUCUCCCUAAUUAUCUCCCUUUAUUCAAACACCACAGCUCGCGUCCGAACUAGUCCAAACGGCUCCCCACUACUCCAUUUCCAACGGCCAAGGGCGUCCGACAAGGUUGCCUCUUGGCCCCUUUACUGUUUAAUCUCUAUCUUCAUGAUGCAAUUUCCACUUUGAAGCUAGCAUCUAAGUAUCCUCCUCACUUAGCAGGCCACCCCGUUGCUUCCCUUUUCUAUGCUGAUGAUGCCGUCAUCUUAUCCAGAACAGCUGCGGAUCUAGCAAAUGCAGUUAAUGCAUUUAUCGCCUAUUGUAAGGCGGAAGCUCUUAAUAUUAAUUAUAAAAAUCGAAAGUCCUCCACUUCACUCGUUCCCGCAAACUCAAGUUGGAGCCGCUUAAGAUCACAGGUGGCUACUUAGAAAAGGUAAAAGCCUUUAAAUAUCUAGGAUUAAUAUUCACCUAUAAUCUCUCCUGGACCACCCAUCUACAAUCUGCCUUUCUCGCUGCAACCACGACCUCUAACGCCAUUGUCCGAUUUUACCACCAGAAGGGCGGCAAACACCUUCCAGCAGCAAUUCAAAUAUUUAAUGCCAAAGUCGUCCCUAAAUUAUUAUAUGGAUGUGAAGUAUGGACUACAGCAAUAUCAGGUAACCUGGAUCGUCCACUUCAUAUGUUUCUGAGAUCUCUUUCCGGCGUCCCGAGAUGUGUCUCAGGUGCAGCCCUACGACUCGAGUUCGCCCAGCCUUCAAUUGCUAGACGAGCAUGGAGCCGAGCCAUUUCCUACACCCUCCACCUAUUAGCAUCGGAUGCUCGAAUUAGAGGUGGCUUUUCCAAUCUGAUCCUAAGAGAUAUUCAUAAUUCCCCUUGGAAAACUACAAUUAACCUCAAAUUCCGCUCUCUUCUCAAUUUGAAUUGUAAAACUGUUCUUAACUUAGAGUGUAUCAGCCCGGUGGCCCUACCCCUAAUUAAAAAGAAACUACAGCAACUUGACUUCUCCAACACAGCUUCUUGUGCAAGAGGACCGUGUUCAGGCCUAGCCCUAGCUAUUCCACCCCCUGAAGGGAUCCCUCUAUACUGCUUCACAAUUUCUUCGGAGACUAAGCGAAGGGCUUUUACCUGUGCCCGUCUCAACUGUUUUCCUACAGCAGUUCUGUCGGGUCGUUAUUCCAGAGUUCCCAUCGCAAACAGAACAUGCUCCUGUAAUGACACGGCCCUGGAGACUAUGGAACAUGUAAUGCUCUUCUGUCCCAACUGGACAGAUGAAAGAUCUCGGUUUUUAACUCCCCUCGUGAAUAAGUUCCAUCUCCCAAUCCAGCCUUGGAUAGUGUCCCUCUUUUGCAGGAUUCUGAUUGUUGGAUUACUGAGAUGACAGCUAACUUCCUGCUUAGUGUGAUGAAGAGGAAAGCGGCACUAACUUCUUCCUUAACACCACAGAUGCAGUCGAUACGCCGCACAACCGAACGAAGUUCCAAGUAGCCUUAUUGUACAAGGACAAUCGAGUUAGGACUAAUCUGAGGAGCUGAAGGACCCUUUAACGGUCCUCCUCCAGCCUCAGCAGCUUUUUUUUUUUUUUUUCUUUUCACUUUCUUUAAGUAUUCGCCCAGGACGAUGUCUACCUCUACCUCCCCACCCCCAUUUUAUGAUGUUAUUUCAAUGUAUAUCAUGCUAUGGCCACUCGGCUAAUGCAAUAAAUAAAUCUAUCAAUUUAGGAACUGUGAUAAGAACACUGCAGAGAUUCUGGGAGCUGGAAAGGAGUAUUAAAUCUUCAGCACAUUCGAAAACUGCUCACCUUUUCCAAGGCUGAGGGGGAAAUGGCAAAGAUCUGUGACAUGUUUUACUAGUGAGACAGAAUGGUUUCUAGCAGACAUCGAAGCAAGGGACGGAGAGAUAAGAUCUCUGAGAAACUUGGAGAUUCAGUUCUGCCCAAGGCCACAAUGGGAGAAAACAACAGCUGGGAAGGGAAAGAGACAACACCAUAGAUGGAAAGAAGGAAUCUCCAUGGAUAUAACAGUUUUCACACGCAGGGCAGAAUAAAGAUAAUAGUUUGAGUUCCUCACUUGAAGCUUUAUAAAUUUAUAUAUUACAACAUCAAAAAUGGAAACCAUUAAUUAUGUAGCUGUUGACUAAGGGAUUAUUAUUAUUAUAACUGAAAUGUAAUUGACAAUUAAGUUUAUGGGACGCAGUGAUAUAGGAUCGGAAAUGCACCCAGACCACCAUGCGGGGAGCCACUUUAACUAAAAUGUAUUAAUUGGAAGUUGAUUGGCACUUUGAUAAUUGUAUAAUUUGGGAAUUAAUUGUUAUUAUUAUAAUUUGGCUAAUAUUGGGGGUAUAUUGGAAAACUAAUUAAAAAAUUAUUCUUUAAAAAUUAUAUGAAAAUGAGUUAGAACCUCAGAGAUAAUGAGCUUAGAUACAGCUGUCUCCCGUUAAGGCUUCAAGACCGGUGUCACAAGGUAAUUGGGUGGAAGAGGUGAACGCCCAUGGUCUAAGCCCCCAUAAAACCUGGGUUGGUGGGAGCUCUUGGCAGCCAGCCAAGCAGAGGUUGGGCUUUUGACAGCAUCUUGUUCCGUUGCUCAGCCUACUGAGAUUUAAGUGUGUUUAUGUUAAUUAGCGGGAUAAGUUAGUGUUUGUUGUUUUCUUACCUUUUGAGCUAUUUGGAGUUUUUCUCUCUCGUGGGGUUUUGCUUUAGUAAAGUCUGUGGAUGAUUUUAUGAAAUUUGGUCUGGUCUGAACUCCUGAACCCUUUAAUUUUGACCAUGUUUUUUGGAGCAAGGGUCAUCCACCACACUGUGACUGACCCAAGGGAGCCAGGGAGCUUCAUGGUUGACUGGGAAUUUGAACACUGAUCUUCCAGGUUGUAGUCCAACAUGAAUCACUACAAGGCACUGACUUUCUGUGUGGACAUAGUUCUCAUGGAGCAGGCAUUUCCAACACGCUGAUCACGAUUGACUUGGGAAUCACUGGCCUAUUUUCAUCAGUCGCAGGCUGAGAAAGAAAAGCCUUUCUCUGCAGCCUGGGACGCAGCAGCCGCUGCUGCUACUGUCAGUCUCAUGCAAGCCUGAGCUCCUCCUCCUCCUUUUCCUCCAGCCAUGGAAGUAGGCUUGCCUUCCUUCCCUGAUGCCUGCUCUGCACUGCGCUCUGUGGGGGGGACGCAGUGCCCUGAGGGAGGGCUGGGAUGUUUGUGGGGAGGGUGUUCCUGCGGGGUAAUAACUUAGGGCUGGGGGCAAUAACAUGAUUGAACAAAAAGCUCCAGAAGCAGAAAGACUGAGGUGGAGGGAGAGAGUGAGGAUGCCGUGUGGGGGGGAGGCAGGGGGAGGGAGGGAGAACAUGGAGGAAGGAAGGAAGGAAGGAAGGAAGGAAGGAAGGAAGGGAAAGAAGGAAGGGAAAGAGUUAACAGAGAGAGAGAGAAGCUGGUUCCUCAGAUCUGUGCAAACUAAUAUAAAAAUAUAGUUUGACUUUUCUCACUUGUUUAGUACUUGUUCAUAUUUAAUAAACUUAAAUGACUUUGUAGGGUGGUAGAUCACUGCCAGUUUUUGAUACUUGUUGGUAGAUCACAGCCUACUUGAGGUUGGACUUGCCUACCAUAGAGGAACUCGAAUGCUUCUCCUUAGGCAUGGCUAAAGGUCAUAACAGCUUGUACUGAGGAAAGCACUAUUGGGGAAAGGAGAAUUAUUUUAAAAAUAACCACAACCAUGGGUAUUGAAAGUACACCUUUUAUUAAAAUGAGAGCCAAGUUCUUGUUUACAUUACUAUCACAAGGAUUCUUGGGAUUCUAAGAGAAGCUUUUGAGCGUUAAAAAAACUGCAGCAGCACUUGCUGCACUUUAAGCUUCCCUGCUAUCUCUCUUCUGGAUCUAGAAUUUAUGAAUGUUUAAAAUAAACUCACAAAAGUAGCUUCUUACUCCGUGCUUAGCCAAAUAGAAGGUCAUGUUUGUUAUUAAGCUUAUUUACCACAAAGUUGAUUUUGAGAAAGGGAAUUUUCAUCACACAGGAUCGUUGGAAAGAAGCAAAUUUAGAAAAAAAUGUUUCCUUGGAAGGUUUUGUGGCAUUUGGAGGAGGAGCACACCAGUGUCCAGGAAGGUCAGUAAAACAGCCGGAGUUUAUUUCUUAAACUCUUUAGAGAGUGACUCUACUCCUAUAACUUCAUUCCCUCUUAAAAACAAAGCUUCACAGAUGAUUUUCUUUUUUCAAAAAGGAUUGAAAAGUUUAUUACUGUUACAAGCUAUUACAGCAGAUACCUGGAUGGAGGUCUUCCAGAGUUAAAUGGUAAAGGCAGUGCUGGAUAAUGUGGCAUGUAGGAAUGUCUUGCAGUUUCUCUGAAUUUACAGUUUCCUUGCCACCUUCUGAAGCUGUGUAAAGUUAAUUUCAGUUGCUCCAUACAGUGGUACCUCGGUUUAAGAACAGUCCUGUUUAUGAACUAUUCAGUUUACGAACUCCGCAAAACUGGAAGUAGUGUCCCGGUUUGUGAACUUUACCUCGGUCUACGAACGGAAUCCAAACGGAGGAAGGGCACCGGUGGCGGGAGGCCUCAUUAAAGAAAGCGCACUUCAGUUUAAGAACAGAUUUGGUUUAAGAACGGAGUUCCAGAAAGGAUUAAGUUCGUAAACCGAGGUACCACUGUAUACUUAUUUCAAUAUUUGGUCACAAUGCAUUCUGUUGAUGUUGCAGGAUGCAGUGUUAAACAUUAGCUGAAACAAUAGCUUUUGCAUCCAUUUGUAUAGGUGUGAACAAAUUUUCUCACAAAGUGCACUGUGUCAACAUUUUGUUGUUGAUGGCUUUCACUGUAAGAAUUAGAAUACAACAAACAUUCCAUGAUGUAACAGUAUCUUUGUAAAAAUUGUGGGAAAGCUUGCAAAGUUAAAUUGCAAAAAAGAUGCAACCCUUUUUUUUCAAGUUUGAAAUUUGAAUGUAUCCAAGAGCAGGCCUAAGAAACUUACUGAAUUUUACUUCCUUUUAGUACAAAACAAGCACUCAGAUAAACACACUACUCCUAAUACAAACUGGGCUAAUGUUUGUAUUACUCAGGUUUUGAAACUAUCCCAUCAUUGACAAAACUGUCUUACCCAUGAAAUGAGCCCACACAGACUACCCCCCUCCCACAUUGUGCAACCAAAGGGGGCAUUGUGCAAAUGGUUAUCUACACACAAGUGGCUGAAAACAUCUGCUUUAAGAUAAAUCAAGUCUACUGUAUAUUUUGGAAAGUUGUUUCUUUGCUAUAUGCCUCUUUAAAAAUUGGGGAGGGGUAUUUUUUAUUAUUGUUAUGUUAUGCAUUUUGUGUUUUUAUGUUGUAAACUGCCCUGUGAUCUUUGGAUGAAUGGUGGUGUAAAAAAAUUAAUAAAGAAUGAAGCAUUGUAACAGAAUUUUAGAUGAUGUUUCCUGAGAUCAACUCAGUUUUUAUCUACUUGUACUGUUUGCAUUUUAGAUGGUUUGCUAUCAUGGAGAUUCAAAUUCUAGUAGCUAUGUUGCUUUGCAAAUAUGAAUGCCAUCUUUUGGACCCACUACCAAAGGAGGUAACAUAUUCAUAAUGAAAAUUAAAGUUCAUAGUAUGUAACUUUAAUUAUCUUUCAUCUCUUCUGUUAAGCUUUUGUAACUUUUCUAACUAGAUAAAAGUUCACCAUGUAGUGCCUUUUCUUAUGCAGCAGUUUUUUAAAGUGGAGAGUAUCUGUGGAGGAACAGACAUGAAAAACAUUGCAACAGAUGUCAGCCAGUACAGAUUUUGGAUUUCAGUCUGUUGCUUGUGUAUCUUUCCAAAGUCACAGAAAAACAUAUCACUUGGGACAGAUGCUCCACAAUAAGGACUCAGUGUUUCGUCCUGCAAAGAGGCUUAAUCGAUUAUCAAGCUGAUAAGAUAAAACAAGAUAUAUAGUCAACAUAUAUUUCCGGCUGAAAUGGUUACAUUUCAGUGAGAAUACAUACAUCAUAUAUUAGCUGCACAGUGAAGUCUUAGUAGUAAACAAGCAAUAGCUUAGAAAACUGGACAAAUCUAUAAAGAUACAACAAAAUGACAAUAUUAUUAGUCUAAUUGCAAAAUGGUGGGAAGAAACUCUGAGUUUACUGGAACAUUGUCUGGGUGUUGAUUUACAAGUUGAUGUUACUUCUAUCAAAUACAUGAGGUAUUGUAAAGAAAAAGACUACGUCUCUGUUGUCUGCUUGUCUGUACUCCUUAUUGUUCUUGGUGAUAUAUUUUUCUGUAACUUUGCAUUCUGCUGUUAUAUCACCAUCCUCUGUAUUGUCUGUUGUGUAUCUUUUCUGCAAGAUUCUUAUGGAUUAGGAAUUUGAAUGUAAUAAUUUUUCACAUAUACUCCUCCAUAGGUAUUUGUCAGUGGAAUAUUAACUUGAAGCUGGCACCCUAGUUACUUUAAAUGGAAGUUAAAUAUGCUUACCUGAGUUCUGGGUUGCAGCCAUAGGCUACAGGCCUGCAUCCAAUUAGUCCAUGCUACAGUAAAUUCUCUUGAAACCUCCACAUUUACUAGGUGCAGGCUUAUAAUCAUAGUGGACAGUCUAGCUUCAUGGAACAAACAGGAAUUUUUUCAUGCUCUUUUAUUAUUUGAACCAACAUGCAGCAACCUUGUGAUGUCAAUGAAGUUACUGUACUGUUUUAACAUCCCCUAUUAUGUUAUAACAGACUUUUAUUCCCAUAGUUUUUUGAAAGAUCCUUAAAAGUAUAUGUUCAUAAAAAUUCCACUAAAUAUAGAUAAUCUCUAUUUAGAUCUCUAUGUCUCCCUUACAGUUCAUGAUUAGAUAAUCUGAAAUGUAAUCCUUGUUUUAAAAUGUGAAAGCUUGUAUAUGCUCCACUUUUGAAUAACUAGCAUCCCAGAUUGUUAGCUGUGUCCCUUGUUAGAAUAUUUAUGAAAAACAUGUAAUCCCACUUUUCUGCCCCAUUAUGAGGCAUGAUAAGAUCAAUUGCAGGCAAAAGAGAAAAAAGCAUGCAUGAAUAAAAACACUUUAAAAACCCAGAUUAUUCAUAAAGUGCAAAAAAUAGACAACAUCAGUCAAGGAAUAAGGGUGAUGGUUUGUAGCACACUUUUCCAGUUACAACUGCCCAAUAUCUACAACCUGAGCCCUCCUACCAUGUGAGCCUGCCUUCUUCCUCUGCCCAAUAUCUACAACCUCAUUUACUUAGGUUUUAUCUUGUCAUAAAGUAGAAUUCAACAUCACUCUCUUCCAGUUGUUCUAUCUGUGCAAACAUUAUGGCUUGCCAGAUAGAACCCCCCCCUUCUCCUCCCACACACUGUUCUGGGGAUUCUCCCCCCCCCCCAGUUAAUUUUGGGGAGCGGGGGAAGGAGCCCUGUCACACAAGCAAAAGUCCUUUGGCAGGGCCUCUGUUGACGGGACUGGCUUUGUAAGACUUGCCCACAGAGUUUAAUUCUAAACUGCUUUGGAGACCGAUUCUGGCUCAAAAUAAUGAACAUUUUUUGGGGGGAAUAUACUUAAUUGUUGGUAAAAUUCUUGUUUCAAUUACACUUAUAUUAUCACUUGUAUUAUCAUCUGAAGUGUCUGCUUGUAACUUCUUUUCUGUUUUUGCAGAGCCUUCUCCACUUGGUGGGGACACAGCAGCCUGAGGGACCAUGCCGAAUUCAGUAUAAGCUGAGGAUAUGAAGCUGAGCAUUGGUGCCCAUCCCAAUUCCUUAACUGUCAGACUGAGAAUCAGAAUUGGAAGGGACCCCAGGGGCAUCUAGCCCAAACCCCGCAAUGCCGGAUGGAUCGGCUCCAUUCCUUUUAAAAAAAAUUUUUUAAAAAUAAUUUUUAUUAAGUUUCAUAUUACCAAAUUAAACACAUCAAAUCAAUUAAUCAAAAUUAUAACAAUACAUAUCAUGUAAUUCAAUUGUUUUCCAAAUUAAAAUUUUUUGUGGGGGGUACCCAUGCUUCUCGAUCGGCAAGAGUCCAAUCCUCGAAUAUUUGUGCUGCUUUCAUCUUAAGAAUGAUAUUUCCAGUCCCGUCUUCUCAAUCCUUGUCAUUCCUCAUUUUCCUUUUCAUUCACCUCCGAGUUGCUCCGCAAGUGGGUUGAAAAAAACAGUCUUAUUUGUGUUUCUGUGUGGGCUUUGUACUGCUCUCUCAUAAAUCGCUCUCGUCCAAUAAUCCAGGCAUUUCCGCUCAAGCAAGCAAUCGCCAUUUUGUCAUUCCGAUGAAAUACAGUCUAAAAGCUCGCUCUUUAACUUUCCCAACCUGUUGCAUCGCAAAUUAGUCUUUUUCUAGGAGGGCUGCCCCUUCCAGAUCACAAUCUCCUUGUAAGUAAUAAAUCUUCGGCUUGCCCUCCCCAAGACCAAACCUCUGCAACACAGGUCUCGUAUCAAAUCUCCAUUCUUACUGCGUCACAAGAGAGCCCUCCUUCUUUCCAAAUCCUUCACAGAGUAAAACCUUUAAGUUCAAAUUAUUCCCCCACAAUUCAUAUUUAGUCCCAUUUGCAAUUAGUUGCUGUGACGGAUCUUCUAAGAGGGAGGGUUAUUAGUUAAUCACAUAGAGCAAACAAAAAAAAAAGUCAUUUCCCCCCCUUUCAGUUCCAUCGCAUUCCAUUCCACAUACCUAGUCUGUUGUACUUUGAUGUAAUCUUCCAUCUCAGUGUUCUUCAUUUCAGUGGUAAAAUUGUUAGCAGAUAAGAACCUCCUGCCUCUCUUGAAGCAUGUGCGUUAUCUUUCACCAAUUUUUUCCUCCCCCGAAGCUAGAGCAUCUCUUACCUGUGCCUCUUAUGCAGGGCUGAAUGACAAAGUAGGGUCUGAAGCAGCUGAGGGCAGUGGUAUUCCAAGCCCUUUCAAGGGCAUGCUGCUGCUAUGCAGCAUCUCAAGUUGCAGAAAACUGCACAGCCAUACUCAGUACCACUCAGCCAUACUCAGUACUCAGUACCACUCUGUACCACUGAGAAUCUCACAGAAAUACACACACACACACACCACAACCAUGUAUGUUCCAGAUAGAAAGCAUUCCAGUUAGUUCCAGAUAGAAAGCAUUCUCAUUGGUAUUGCCUGAAGUUGUGCUUUUACUAUCUCCCUCUUAACAAACUCCCAGCCAUCAUGAACUCCCUUUCCUUUUAGUAUUACUGUCCAUGGGAUCUCACCCAGCACUUCCCUAAGUUUUAUGAAGUCGGCUUUCUUAAAGUCAAGAAAUUGAGUCCUAGUAUGCUUGGCUGCUCCUUUCCGCUGUAUAGUAAACUUCAGAAGAGCAUGAUCACUCACGCCUAAUGAUCCUUCCACUUCUACCCCACUAACCAGGUCAUCAACAUUGGUUAGGACCAGAUCUAAAAUGGCUGUUCCUCUUGUUGCUUCUCCCACUUUCUGGACAAUGAAGUUGUCUGCAAGGCCAGUGAGGAAUCUGUUUGACCUUAUGCUCUUGGCUGAGUUUGACAUCCAACAAAUAUCCGGAUAAUUGAAGUCCCCAUUACUACUAUCUCCCUUCCUUUUGCAUGCUUGGCCAUCUGUUCCAGGAAGGCAUCAUCUAUGUCCUCCGUUUGGCUUGGGGAUCUAUAGUAAACUCCCACAAUGAGGUCACUGUUAUUCUUCUCUCCCUUAAUUUUGACCCAAAUGCUCUCACUUUGGCUUUGAGGUUCUAAAUCUUGGAUCUCUUCACAGGUAUACACAUCCCUGACAUAUAACGCCACUCCUCCUCCGUUCUUGUCUGGUCUGUUUCUCUGAAAUAGAUUGUAUCCCUCCAUUAUUACAUUCCAAUCGUGGGACUUAUCCCACCAGGUUUCAGUGAUGCCUAUUAUGUCAUAUUUAGUUUGCUGUACCAAGAGCUCAAGCUCAUCUUGUUUAUUUCCCAUGCUUUGCGCAUUAGUGUACAGACAUUGAAGUCCAUUAAUCAUUCCCCGUGUCUCUUAUUUAAGGAUUUUUCCUCCCACCACUAGGUCUGCGUGCUGUUUGCUCCAUUUGGUCUAUGACAUUUGGAUGAUCAUCUUCAUCAAUUGAUAGACUCCUACCUUCAGGAGCACUGUCUCCCUCCCCACAUUAGUCAGUUUAAAGCCCUCCUGAUGAGGUUUCUGAGAUUUUGGCAAAAACAUUCCUCCCAACCGUUAUGAGGUGCAGCCCAUCGCUUGCCAGAAGUCCAUCUUCAGAAACUGCAGUCCGUGAUCUAAGAAUCCACACCGUUCCUGUUUACACCAUUUGUGAAGCCAGCUGUUCACUUCCACUAUUUGUCCCUCUCUCCCUGGGCCACAUCGUUCAACUGGGAGGACAGAUGAGAUGACAAUUUGUGCAUUUAAUUGCUUCAAUUUCCUGCCCAGAGCCUCGUAGUCUCUUUUGAUCUUCUGGAGGCUAUUGCUUGCAGUGUCAUUGAUUCCCACAUGAACCAAGAUAUCUGAUAUCAAGAGUGUUAAAACUAAAUGCUGAUUUAACAAAGCUGGAUGUCACAACUUUUAGUAUGCAGUUUCUUAUGUUAGUCUAUUGUUCUCUCUCAGAAUAAAAUACUUCUGCAGGAAUUUUACAGUUUAGCCUUAUUUUUACAGGACCAUAAACAGUAUUGCUUUGAAUAAAAAAUUGUCCAGUGGCACCUUAGAGACCAACUAAAUUUGUACUGGUUAUAAGCUUUCGUGUGCAUGCACACUUCUUCGGAUACACUGAAACAGAAGUAUCUGAACUGGACAAUUUUUUAUUUAUUUCGACUUUGUCAGACCAACACAGCUAUCUACCUGAAUCUAGUAUUGCUUUGGUUACUGUUUAAGAAUUUUUACAGGAAAAUAAACAUUUCUGUAUAUUGAUAGGGAAAUUAUUUUGGUACUUGAAUGAUUGGCAGAAAGAUGGAAUAAGAUAAAACAUAUGAGAGCUGGAUUCCUAAGUAAAAUUGCAACAGAGGUUGCAAUGUCAUAGGAAAACAUGUCAUAAUUUCUUUUUUAUUGUGUGUGUUCUACUUAAAGUUUGAAAUGCUUUUUGGUUUUUCAGUUCUUUUUCAGGCUCCAAUUGAAGGGCGGUUCAGUAAUGAUGUGUGCUCCAUGGUGUCUGUGCUGUAGCCUAAGCAAAAGAAACAGGAAUCUACACUUCAGUAUUAUAGUGUCAGAUUCAUUUUGCUGAUGCUGCCGAACCAAAAUCUUUGUGCUCCUAAGUGCAACAUCAGCAUUACGGAGCAUGAAAGAGAACAAUUGAACCCAUCUCCCUGAGCUACUUCUCAGUUUGCAUUUUAUUUUUAAUCCCAUUGGUCAAAAGGCUUUGAGGACAACCAGGCACAUUCUGACAGACAUUUCUGUGCUCUAAGAAAGCUGAACGUUUACCAUUCAUUCUAUUACCAAAUUCAAGGGCAACUAAGGUAUAGAAUGAUGGACUUUGCAAGUCAAAUGAGUCUUGCUUUCAAAAGACAAAGCCUGCAGCGUGUGUGUGUGUGUGUGUGUGUGUGUGUAUCCUAUAUCCUAUCCUAUAUUCUACUGUAAAUCCUAAAACCUAAUAAUUAAAUUCCUAGUAUUUCUAGAGGAGCUGGGUUGUUUGUUUUUUCCAAGACUAGAGACAGGCUAUGAAAAGGCUCAGUCAUCAAUUCAGUAAAAUUUAUGAUGGAAGUACAUGACUGGAUAUAAACACUGCUGUUUAUUUGCUGUGAAAAUUAAUGUUUUCUAGCCUAGAAAGUACUGGAUUUGGCCAUAGCAUACAGAGCAAUCCUAUACUUCUAUAACACCAGGAUCAGAGAUACGCUGCCACUACAUUGCCACAUCCAGUGCAGGCUCAGGCGAGGAGGGGAGAAGAAAAACGCUCAAUUGGAACACACAGAAGCAGAGUAAAGAUGGCAGACCCACAUCCCUGGAAAGGCCCACCUCUCAGGAACUCUUCAGAGACUGCCUGGGAAACCGACCAGGGGGCAAAAGAAGGGCAGGUGUGCAAAGUGGAAGUAAGGAAGAAAAAGGAGUGAGUGGAGUGGCGUCCUUUGUAUCUGUUGCAAGCUGUACAGAGCAGCUGGUCCUGUUGCAAGUGCCCGGCCUCAACCUCAGACUACAGAGCUACAUGGGCUACAAGGCCAUCCGGGAAGGCAUCCAGGUAGUAGCUCAUGUUGUCUCCCUGAGCUGAUGGUUUCCUCUACCCAGAGUCGCAGAGCAGCCUGUGACGGGAGCCUGCCUGGUCUGAGGUGAGCCUGUCUUUUGCAGUUUGUAGAAGAGGGUAAUUGAUCUGAGGCAUGGCCCUGCUUUACAAGCAUUCAGUGCAAUGCCCACCUCUCUUCUUCUCCAUGAUAGCAGAGAAACCUUUGGCAUUAUCGUAGGACCUUCCAACCAUAUUGCUGAAGAGCUCUCAUCUGUCACCACUGGCUCUUUCAGAUUCUCCUGGUCAGCCACGUUGGCCACCUGGCAGAGAACCUGGAAGAGGCUUAGGGAGGACUCGUGGGGUCUGUGCAUAUGGAGAUUUGUCUUCUGUGUACCAUUAUUCUGCCACCAUUAAUUCUGGUUCAACUUUAAUUGCUAUGUUGCAGGGAGAUGAAUAUGUUCCAAGCAUGGGGGGAGGGGGGGAAUUGCUGAAUUUCAUGCAGCUAUUAAAGACACAGGAAUUAUGUUGAGGGAAAGUGGUGGCAACUGACAACCCUAUCAAAGGGGGAUCAGUAGCAGCGUUGCUGCAUCACAGGUUGUGGCUGGGAGAAAGGAUGGGAUGUUGCCUUUUAACAAUGGCUGAGGGUUCUAGUGAGUAUCCAGAAAAGCAAAAUGCCUUGGAGGACGUUCAUGUUUUGCCAACACAAACUAUGAUGAUUCCGUUGCCAGCCUGUGCUGCCUACAUUGAUUUAGUCUGGGUUUAUUGUAAUCAUAUUCUGUUUGCUUCAGUGUGCUGCCUGGAGUUGAUAAAACGUGCGAGCUGGGGGUGAGGUAGCUUGUGUCAGUCCUUGUGGUGAUGUAAUUGCAAUGCGAAAUGGAACAGCAGUGCUUGCAUAGCUGGAAGUUGUGUUGGAGGCUAGAAACAGCUCAGGCGAGAAUUUGCAUCUGUGUUUCCUCCACUUUAAAGCGGCUGCCUUCAGCCCUGGAGGAGCAUCCGGAGCAAUUAGGAGGCAUCAGCUCCGAGGCUGCGAAGCUCCUUCCAGACUGACACCGGGGGAGGGGGGGCAUGGACUGUGCGGCCGCCUCUCUGGCUGCCUGCGCUCUGGACCUUGAGGUUUUUACCAGCCAAGAUGUGAAGGUACGGACCUGCCCCUCCGGGGGAGAGGGGACGGAGUGCAAUGGGAGUUAUUGAAGGGCUGCGAUAAAGCAGAUAAGAUGCUGGCAUUCUAAGCACAACAACGGAGCGCGUAGGUCUGUUUAUAUGACGAGAAUAUGGGGCUGUUCCUUAGUAUGAGCUUUUAAAAACAUAGCUUUUGAAUUACCUUUGUGAUAGUAACAAAAAAAAAUUGCAUCUUAAUAGAAAGCUGAUUUCUUAGCAAAAUGUCCUUGUUAUUUUACCAGUCUGUUAGCAUAAACAAAAUUAUCUUUGUUUACUCUGCAUUUUUUGGACAGCAUGAUAAGGAAAUGAAUAGUAAAUGCCAUGUGAGUCCAGGAGAGUGGGUUCUCUGGAUUUUCUUCCAGUAUGCCAACUGUUCUAAGCACCUGGAGCACUCACUUGGAAAAACCCGUAACUUUGACUAAAAAUUAUCAAUUGUAAAGGGCUAGGUUUUCUGUUUAACCCUGGUGAUUGAACCAUGAGCAACUUAAAUAUAAUUUCCCUUUUUUUCUUGAGCUGCCAAAAAAGCAAUCCCAAAAAUAAAGAUCAAUUUUGUGAAAAUGUAUAAUUUUAAAAGGCAGUGAGAUAAGCCUUCAUUUAAAGAAUAGUUGCAAAUGGCGUAAUUUGGACCGAUGACGCAUCCCUGAUGCAGCGAGAGGGGACACAGGGCUGAGGGCGUGAGUGAGUGUGACAGCACCCCCCCCCCCGUGGGUGGUCACCAUCGUAUUUGGGCUUGUUCGUGGAGUAAGUAGACCACUAUGGGGUAUCUUGCAAUUUUUACUAUUUUAUAUUAUUUUGAAGAUUGUCACUGCAUUUAUUGUACUUUUAUUGCACCCUUCUUUGAAUUGAUAUACUGUUCACCUCUUUGGGCCAAAAAGGUAAAUAUGUAAAUGAAUCCUUAAUGUAGCAUAUGUUGUGCCCCACAUCCCAAAUUUUGUGAUGGAAAAAGAGGCAAAAAGAAAAAGGUUGUUGGCAUAUUCACAUCCUGUGGGUGCUGCACAGUACAGGGAGUGUGUAAGACAGUAUUUAAUAUUUUCACCAUAGCAUACAACAGAGGAUAAAAACAAUUAACAAUAAUUACAAAAAAUGAUAUUCAAAAAUCUUAUGUACUUAUCACAUUAUGUACAACAGAAGUAGAAAUUUGGCUUAAACUUUGGCAGCUGCCAAAGCAGAUCUUACGGCAGCUAAAAGAGUUGCUUGGUUACAAGAUGCCACAGCAGAGGAAGCAUGACGUUUAGAAUCUGUCUCUUUAAAACUUUCCAGUGGAAUCUGAGCUGCAGUUCUGAGACUAGUAACAAGCAGAGCCCGGCCAAACUCCAAGGCAGGGUGAGCCAGUGUGGGCCCCUCCAGGAGCUGCAGGACCCCCACUCCCAUCAACCCCAGCCAAAAUGACCAAUGGUCAAGGACGAUGGGAAUUGUCCAGCAACAUCUGGAAGGAGGCACAUUGGUUGCCCCUGUUCCAGGGCAUGUGCAGAGUUCAAGCUAAGUGUCUCAGUAACACACAAACACAUACCUUAAAAUGACUGCCUCACACUGUUUCUUUCUUUUCCCCUCCACACUCACAUCCACACAUCCCUUCCAUUUCCCCCCCCCCCGCCCCCUUUCCUUUCUCUCUCCUUUUGCCUGGAACAUCAAGCCUGGCCAGUGGCUUCCCCCACAGCCUGGAGCACCUGUGUCGCUGGCCGCUCCUGAGCCUGCUCCAGACUGUGCUAUGCAGACACACCCCUCACAGAGGCACAUCUGUCGGACAGGAGAGUAGGGUGGGCUGCCUCCAGGUGUUUUUUGACAAUGUAUUAAACUGUGAUGAGAAGGCAAGUUUGACAUUAGAAAGCUCUGUUUUGUGGUGGUCCACCGUAUCGCGGUUUUUUACUGCAUUAGUUGGUUGUGGCUUGCUCUUCCCUUGGCUUCAGCUGUCUCUUAGGUAGAUGUGUCUAAUUUUACUUUACAGCCAAAUGGUUUUCUUCAUGGACUGCUGGAGCAGGGUUAUUUUAUUUCCCCCCUGUUACUUACUGAUUGUUUUUUGGCAUUUGUAUUGAUCAUUAACUGCAUUGAUUAUUGUUUCAUAGCAUUUGCCUUUUGCUAGAGCAUCUGUUUCUGUAUGUUGCUUUGGGCUUCCUUUGGGGUGGACAAGCAGAGGGCAAAAACAGGGAUGAGAUCUGGCUCUGCAAGUUUGUCCAGGUUCUUUGGUGCUCUGUAAUUCUUUGGUUGUGGGAUUGCCUCCAUUUUACAUUGUGUCCAUUUUACUGCUUCAGUUGGCAGAAUUGGCGCUACUGCAGGUGAUACACAAUCCCCAUUCCACAUUUGUAAAAACUCAAUCAUUUCGUGAGGCAGCAGCUAGGCUGGAACUCCCUGCCUUUGACAUCACGCAGGCGCAUUCCCUGCCCUCCUUUUGGUACCUGCUUCUUCUUUUGACAUUCUUCUUUAGACAAGCCUACUCAGAUGCUUAGGAAAUUGAGGUAAUUUUAAUCAGUUUUAAUAUUUUAACUUUUGUAUGUUUUAAAUUAUGUUUGUGAAUAUUUCUUGAUUUUACUAUUUUAUCUUUUGUAAACUGCUCUGAGGUCCUCUACAAUCAAGCGAUGUAUAAAUGUUAUGAAAUAAAUAAUACAAUAAAUAAGAUAAAUAAAUAAAUGAAGAAGCACAAUGCAGCCAAUAGAUUGCUUUCCACAAAGGCUCCAUUUUUCAAAAUAAACAGGCCUGACUCUGCUUCCCUGUUUCCAAAUCUUGUAUCCAGCCAGAGUGGAAGUGUCUUCACUAUUUAGAAACUACAGUAUCACUCUUCUUCUUCUUCUUAAUAAUAAUAAUAAUAAUAAUAAUAAUAAUAAUAAUAAUAUGCCUGAGGUAGGAAAUCAGAAUGAGCCACUUGCAUUUUGGCCAUCCUUUCUUCUAAUGUAAUGUCUGCAUUGUCUUGAGGGCCUCCACCCAUUAAUAUAAAUGGCACUACAAUUAACGUGCCUGUAGUUGAAGGCUUGCUUUGUUUUUAGUUUGAUAUGUUUAUUCUGAAUUUUAGCUCCCAUAGCAAGGUUUAAUUUUCUUUGCAAUGUGUGGGGCAAAAGAGCUUGUGACCUCUGUAAAGGCAAUACAUGACUGCACAAGAAACUAUGGAAAAUUUAAUUGAUCUGAUCUGAUCAAUACCCUAAUCUUUUGUUCUGUUUAUACCACAAUCAGCCCUGCUGGGACAUGGAAACACUUCUCAUAUAAAGCUUACUGGAGCAGUAAAUACAAAAAUGCAAACAAGUUUGUGCAUCUGGGGAGAUGUGCAACCACAUAAAAAUGCAAUAAAAAGACCCAUCAAGUAAUAAUUAUUGCUUUUAGUACUGUUACAGUAUGUGUCUGAACCCACAUGCGUGUCCAAGCCCCCAGCCACCCAUGAGAGAUUUGGGGUAUUUUGCUUAUGAACGUGCACUUUGUUAGAAGAAAAAACUGCUCCUUUUCCCAUAUGGGGUAUCCUAGAGUCCGGAGAGAGUCCUUAUGUGGGUUCCCUAUCAGUGGGAGAAAAUAACAGAGGCCAACCAGUGAAUGCUGUUCACCUGCUCCAUUUGUGGCUCCAAUGAAGACACUGAGGAGUCCAAGUAAAUAAUUAUUAGGGAUCUCUUCCAGUACUCUAAAGGGCUGGACGUUGGAGGGUUGGAGCCAUGUUGCUGUCUUCUAACAAAUCUCGACACUCUCAAGUCCACUCCAAAUUCCUUGGCCAUCUUGUAGGUAUCCUAAAUGAGCUCUGUAGCAACUUGCACUGCAUCACUGCGGUGAGUUGUCAUCACUCCAAGAAUCUGUUUGAUGCACUCUGAACAUUGGAGCAGGUCCAGGUUUUUAGAGCAUUUACCACAAGUUCCAAUAAGACAGAAUACUUGGCUAUCGGAGCGACAGCAAUGAUGAAUUGAGCUUUGGUGGCAGCAUAAUGUAUCUGUAAUACCUAUUUCCACAUGUUGUCAUUUCUUUCUGGUGAUAAUCUCACCAACCUUUCAAUGAUGCUCACAAAAUGCUCUUUGAAAAUGGCAAUAAUUUUGUACUUUUGGGACCACCGCAUCUCACGGAGGAGUGGAAUGUUUGGGGCAUAUUUUCUUCUCAACACUGACUCUCUGAAGAACCUUAUGAUAUCCUUGAUAGUGGAGAUGGUGUUGCGUAUUUCUGGAACAUUGUUCAAGUCAUUCAAUACAAGAUUAAGUUUGUGAGAUGCAUAAUGGAAAAACAUAGCUUUCUCAUACUUGUUUCUUAAAAUUAUUUGCAUGCCACCGACCUUGCCAGCCAUAGCUGAACACCCGUCGUAACUCUGGCCUACACAUUUCUCCGGGUCCUUCUUCCUCCAGGAACUUGUCUAUCGCUGUUGCAAUUGUAAUGGCAUCAAGGACAGGGAGCUCUACAAAACCCACAAACUCUAUUUUCUUGUUGUUCAAAGAAGCGCAAGCCAAUGGACAACUUCUCCUUCCCUGAUUUAUUGAUAGCUGCCUCAUCAGUCAGUAUGCUGACAGCAGACGCCUUCUUUGCAUCUUCUAUAAGGUCAUCUUUGAUAAUAGCCCUGCAUUGAUCAACAAUUUCUUUUUGGAUUUGAGGGAACAUAUAUGUCACAUUUUAAAAAAAUAAAACAGUAAAUUUAUCAUAGUGACAUUUCAGUUCUUGGUCACCGGCAUUAAUUUGGAAAUGGAUCAGGUCUUGAAAUACACCUCUAUUUUCUUUAAACAUUAUCCAAUCUUUAUUAACUUUCUGUACUGAAUUUCCUCUUAAUCUCCCUGUCAUCCCUGCUAGUUGUAAAUAUUCUAUCAUUUUUGCUUGCCAGUCAGUUUUUGUGGGGAUGAUAUCACUUUUCCAAUUCUUUGCUAUUAAAAUCCUAGCCACUGUGGUUGCGUACAUGAAAAGAGAUCUAAGAUUUCUCUUGAUUUCUAUAAACAUAAUUCCUAAUAGGAAGGCCUCAGAGGUUUUUUUUUGAAUGAGAGCUUGAGUAUCUUUUAAAGUUCAUUAUAUAUACUAUCCCAGAAUACUCUUAUUCUCUUACACCCCCACCACAUGUGCAUAAAUGUUCCUACCCCAUUUUUACACCUCCAACAAACCUCUGAACUGUUCUUAUACAUCUUGGCCAGUUUGGCUGGGGUUAGGUACCAUCUGUAUAACAUCUUCAUCACAUUUUCUCUUAAUAUUAUAACAUGCAGUGAAUCUGAUGUCCUCUUUCCACAGUCUUUCCCAUUCAUUCAUGUAUAUAUUGUGUCCAAUAUCUUGGGCCCAACUUAUCAUGACAGCUUUCACCUCCUCCUCUUUUACUUCCCAAUUGAGGAGGAGGUUGUAAAUCUUUAAUAUAUGUCUCCCUUUGGCUUGAAUUAAAUUCUCUUCCAAUUUAGAGAAUUGGACUCUGAAGAUUAUCAACAGCAUGAUCUUCUUUUUUUCUUCCAUUAGUUACUUGUGACCAGAUACCACCUAAACAGGCACUUCUUUCAUGAAGGCUUUGGCUGCACUGACUGCAGCUUUGUGCCAGUGGCUGGAAGUAUAAAUUUUGCUAUAUUCAUGUAAAUGUUUUUAUUGUGUGAAAGACCUCACAAUGAAUGAGUCUAGGACACCCUUAACUGUGCUGGUAGGUGGUGGGAACAACACAGAAAAUUUGAAGAGUCUGCCUUUUAGCUGCUUCUAAUAUGCUAGCCAAGGGGAGUAUGUAGCCAACUGAGGUUGAAUUUUUCUUUAAGAACCCCAAAUCAGCUGUCCAUGCCAGAACAGAACUUCAUGAAACACUGUUCUGAGGGAAGAAGUUAAAACUACACUUUGCAAUGUCUCUGUAAUGGUUGGGUCUCUCCUACAGAAGCGAGACAACUCCAGCAGCAAUGAACUCAGGUUUAUUGCUCAAAACACACAAAUCACUCUGGAGCUCAGUCACUCAGCGUCUGCUUCCAAAUUAGCUGUUGCCGGGUCUGAGUUCUGCCCCUUCCUCUUCCCCCAUUUAAAGCCCCACUUUUGCUUCCAUUCCUGUUCACACCUCUCAUUAAUUCUUGCUUGCCUGCGCGUCAUGGGAUGGGCUAUUUCCAGUGGCCCUCCCUCUGAAUCCGAGCUUAAACUGUCAGUCUGUGUCUUCCCCCUUGAACUCCCCCCUUCCUUCUCCAUGUUCUUGGAGCUCGGGCUUCUACUGCAACUAGGCUGCUCAUCUGUCAUUCUGCAUUCCUGCCUAAUUACCUCCUCCUGUCUCUCCACGCUCUUCCCCUCUGUGAGCGAUGGGAUGCGGCUGACAGUCUCUAGGAUGAACAUGUUUCACAUGUAUAUAUCAUAUGUUGAAUUCUGUUCAGUUGUAUCCGUUGCAAAUAAGAAUAAUGCAAUAAUGAUAAUAACAGUGAGGUAAUCUGCAGGGCUAAACAGUAAGUUCAAGCCACUCUGGGCAGCUCCCAAGAAAAUAUUUAAAACACAGUAAAACAUCAAACAUUAAAAAGCUUCCCUAUACAGGGCUUCCUUCAGGUGUCUUCUAAAAGUCAUACAGUUAUUUCCUUGACAUCUAACGGGAGGGUGUUCCACAGGGAGGGCGCCAAUGCUAAGAAGGCUCUCUGCCUGGUUCUCGCAGUGAGGGAACUGCCAGAAGGCCCUCAGAGCUGGACCUCUGUGUCUGGGCCGUGCAAUGCUUUUUCAUCCCACUGUACUGUGGGAAAAGGCUCCCAGAGCUGCUCAUAAAUAUCACUGAGAAGACAGCCCCUGCCCUAAGGCUCACAAUCUAAGAGACAUAACACAAAAGGAAAAGAGACAAGGAGGGAGUAGGAAGGAAGGAAGCUUGGGCUCUUCCAGGGUGUUGCUCCUUCCAAGUGGGAUUUGGCCACACACUGGGAACUUCAGGCAGCGCUGGAUUUAGGGAGAUGCAGGGGGUUCCCCCGCACAGAGCACUAAGAUGAGGGGACCACAAAAUUGAGAAGAUCCAAUAUUGAGAAGAUCCAUUUGGGGGCACCAAACUUUCGCCUGGCACAGGGUGACAGAUUACGAAAGGAAUUAGUACAGUCCACCCCUGCUUCAGGCUGUGCAAUUAAAGUUGAUUUGGAGCUCUAAAGUUGAUUUGCAAAGACACUCAAUAUUUCCUCCUUUUGCCUUACCCAACAGGUAUCUAUAGGGGAAAUUCUUGGUUCUUGCCUUAUCCCUGUUUGCCAUGAUCCUUUUGAUAUACAAAAUGAUACCUGGUUUUUCUCAUCCCUACCCACGAAUGAUUCCCUCCGCACCCUUGGUUAUUCCGGUUAUUAUGUCUGGAGUAACCAAGUGCGCCGCCGCCCAUCUCUGGCCAUUGAUUUAUCGACCCCAUACGUGGCUUCCUUUAAUGUCACUUGCGCCCGUAUGGUGAAUUGCACAAAAGCCAACUGCGUGAAAAUGGCCGCUGAUAAUUUCCACUGCUCUGAUUAUGUAAAUAUUUCCUAUCUAUAUAAAUACACAGAACUACCUGCGGGUUGGUUCUGGUCAUGUCCUGGCUAUACAUUUAAUUACAUUCCAGCAAACAUCAGCCAUGGAACACCCUGUUGUUUAAGCCGUUUGUCUAUUGUAUUACCCAAAAAGCAUCAUUUGACCCCUUCUCGACAUCGCCGCUCUAUUGAAUUAACUAAUGAUUGUGAUGAUUCAAUUUCUCUUCCCAGUAGAUCUGAAUAUAUCUCCUUAGCUGCCUCUCUCUUAGGAGUUCCUGGAUUGGCAGUACGCAAUAGUAGAAAUAUUAAUUCUCUAGCUUGUUCUGCAGCAAAAGCGCUGAACUAUACUUCUCAAGCCCUUCACCUUUUGAAUAAAGAGCAAAGUGAACUCCAGCAUGGGCUUUUACAGAACCGCGCCGCUAUAGAUUAUUUGCUGAUGCUUCAUCAUUAUGGCUGUGAACAAGUGAAUGACAUGUGUUGUUUCAAUAUUACUGACAAUUCUAGAGCCAUUCAAAGCCAAAUCUCUCAUUUGCAAAAUCUUACACAUCACAUUAAACAGGACGUUGGAUUUUCUGGCCUCUGGGAUUCUUUCACCCAGUGGCUUACUGCUUGGCUGCCUAACUUUACUUGGCUUCGUAGUCUUUUUCAAUAUGCUAUUGUCAUAAUUUGUAUUCUUAUUUUGCUAUGCUGCUUCCUUCAAUGCGUUCCUAGCCUCAUAAGUCUUUUCUCUCGGCUUCUCUCUCCCCCUCAACCACCCAGUAAACUCCUUGCUGCUUACUUUGCGAAAUGGCAACACCAACAGUAAACUUUAGGGGAGAUGUGGGCGGAUUUAUUUUGGGCAUGCGCUGGCAAACCACGUAUCCUGAAGUAUUUUUGUCCCAUCGACCCUGGCGAGCUUAUUUCGGGCAUUCGCUGGCACACCACUAAUCCCGAAGUAUUUUUGCCUUAUCUACCUAGAACGCCUCGCAAACAAGAAAAGAAAGGGGGAGAUGAAGGGAAGUUUUCUUUCUGCAGUUCUCUUACUGCACAUAACUGUGGCAUUGUGGGAAGUCUUGCUAUGAAAUCUUGCUAUGCUUCCUAUGAGAAAUCUUGCUUCUUUUCUCUUGCAUUCUGGGAAGUCUCGCUUCUGCUUCUGCACAUACUGUUCCAAACACACCAAGCCAAGCACACCUAGACAUUCUCUCAUUCUUCAGUUCAUUUCAAGUUCAUGUACAAAACAAUAUGGUCUGUUUUUAAUGCAUAGCUGACCACAUCUACGGAACUUCAUUAUUAUAUUCUUUCAUGUUAUGAUCAAUCAUUAGUAAUUGUUUUAGUCAUGUUAUAUUAAUCUUUAGUUAUAAUUUAAUUAGGAGGAUUCAUGCCUGUCUAGUUCUAGCCCCAUUCCUCAUCCUUUGAUCUAUCAAUGAUAAAUGGACAUAUGUUAUUCCCGCCUUGUACCUAUGUUAACCAAUCAGCAACAAGAUGCUUUGUGUUUGUAUCAACCAAUCAGCCACAAGCACACCUGUGGCAAUGUUUGUAAUAUUCAAUAAAAGAGAGUUCCCGGGGCUUGCCCCGGCAGACGCCUCUCAUAUGACACCUACCACUCGUCUGUCGUGAUUUCAACCCAACAGUGAAGCAAACUCAAUAAGGCAAAUGAUGGAAGGAUGUACUGGGAAGCAAGGAUUAAUACUCGCUUGAGGGGAAAAUUCCUAACCACUCCACAAACUAAUGAGAAUGAAUGUGUAAUAAAUUUGGAUAAAAAGCAUGAGGGGGUAAGUUUGCUAAGCUGCAAAAGAAAAGAAAACAAAACAAAAAUGCUACCACCCAAAGCCUGGGUAGUUUGGACCAAGAUAAUCAGUGCAUUAUUUGGUUGAGUGGUCUAUUGUCAGGGAAAGGGAGACAGCUAGAGAGACGAGGGGGGGAGAGAAGCAAUUAUCGAGAGCCGAAAGAGCUCAUUAGCAGUUUGUCUUCUGACUCAGAAGAGGAAAUAGGGAGGGGGCAACCAGUCCCUGGAACUAGCUACUCACAGAACAAAGGAAAUAGGAGGCGUGCCCUGCACCGAUGGGCAUGCUGGGGGAAAAGACGUCACAAAUAUUCAGUCGAGACAUCUGAUUGACUGAAGCAUAGAUGCGUUUGUUUGAACUCUUGUAACUGUUUUGAACUUUUAGUAAUAAAUCAACAAGACAGAAAUGGCUGUGUGCCUGGAGCCUUAUCUCUACUAGUUUGGCCGCAACAACUCCUUACAUCUAUGUUCCUCUCACCAGCAAAACAUGGUUUCUCAGUAGAUAAUGGUUGAGCUUCAAGACAUCUGGCAUGGUGCUGCAGCUUCUCAUAUAGCAAAGAACUAAUUCCAGCCUUCCUAAUGUACUUAACCUGUGUAAAGACUUUACAAAUAUUUAGUCCCUUGAUAAUACGCUACAUAAUGUGUAUGUUACAUGUUUUUUUGAGCUGGUACGUAGUCUGUGGAUGAGCUCAUAUGUUUUAGUUACAUUUGUUUCAUGCUGUGCAAUAGUAGAUUGGCAAUAGAGUCUCAUAUAAUCUGUGAGGGUCAUGGUGUGUGUGUGAGCACAUGCAACCUUAUUCUUUCACAUUCUACCCCUGGCAACCAAUUUGAAUAUGAACAUGUGAGACCACACAUCAUCAGGUCAAGGAACUGGCUACACUCACUUACCCAGCAGCGGGCCCUGUUGGAUUCAGUAGGCCUUACUUCUGAGUAGGCAUGUUUUGGGUUGCAUCCUUAAGAUUGCGCUCCAUUGAACUUGGCAUGCAUGUAUAAGAUUGCUCUCUGUAUACACCUUUGAACAACUGAAACUUGCAGGUAUCCUGUGAAAGUGCAAUGCACAGCGUUGCUGGGUGCUUGCUUGGGGUGCUGAAUGGAAUGUGUCAGAGGCUUAGUGCUGUCCAGCUGGCCAUAGAUAAGACUUCGGGCUCCCAGCCAGUUCCAAACAAUUGAUUUAUUUGACAAAGUUCAAACGUACAUCUCCGGCAUUUCCAUUAACCUCCUUCCCCUUGAGCGCAGUUGCUCCCUCUGAUGUUACUUCCUCCUUUUCCGCAUCCAGCAUGCAAUUCUGCGAAAACUCCUCCCCUUACUUCCUCUGUGUACAGCAUGACUUGUCCCAGGCUCAUCCUCCUCCCCCUCUACGUCAGACUGACUGUCAGACGACAAGCUGCUGAUAAUCUCUUUAGGCUCUCUAUAACUGUUGGUUUCUGUCCUUUCAUCUUUUCCCGUUUGCCUCUCCCUGACAGAAUGUUUAGCACAAGCAUAUUGAAUCAUACCUAGAAUAUUCUAUUGGUGUUUUAAUAAAUUUUGACUUGCAGAAAUGAAGUCUUAGAACAAUAUGAAGCUGCUUUUUCAUUUACACCUUAUUCAGAUUUUGUUCCAUAGAAAAACAACAUCAACAAUAACAACCAAGAGUGAUGAGGUACAUAUUUUUGCUUAUGUUGUAAAUUAACUAGUAUCCAUGUUAAUCAUAAUGUUUUUCAUUACAUUCCAAGUAUUUUGAAGAGUUCAAGAGUGUAAGUAGUAAGGCUGCAGGAGUAUCGUCACUGCAGUUCAUGAUGUAGACACUCUCUACAUAAGAUUUAAACAUAAUGUAGCUGUAUAACUGAGGUAAAUAAAGUGCACUAUUGCAUAACUGUCUUCAAGAUCUUACAAGUAAUUCUUAUUUAAAGAAAGGAUUUUAAAAAUCCCUUUAAUCCCUACUAAGGUUAAGAAGGUUUAAUUUUCUCUAUAGUAGAUUCAAGCAUGCACACCUAUCUUUUAAUAAAUAUUUCACCUCCAGAGCCUUGAAAAAUAUUUAUUAAAUGAACAUUUCAUACACAGAAACCUUGACACAACUGGGGGUGAUGGUUAAACUUAUAGUUAAACACACAACCCAGUGACUGCUAGAAGUCUACCACCUAUUUCCCAUCUCUUCAGAUACCAACCAUAACAGAAAUCAUUUUAACCAUGAUUCAUCUCUGAUGGAGAACCGUUUUGGUGCAGGGAGUGCACCAAAAGUGCACCAAGGGAGCACAAUGUGUUGGAUCGUACUGCUUUCAGUCAAUGUUCAUUAUUGUGCUUUACAUUUCUAUGUUUAUAUUGUACUGUUUUAUUUUCCACGUUGUAAAUGGUUCAUGGGCAUAUUGGCUGAAGAGGGAGGGAAAGAAAUAAUAAAUGAAUUAUUUUAUCAUUUAUUAUUAUGAAAUUACCCUUGUAUAAUGUUAUGCUGACUUAACUAGUAUCAUAUGUCAGUGUAUCUUCAAGACCACAGCAGGACUUAAUCUUGAUUCAAUACCUUCCAGCUGCCAUAACUGGAGUAUAGGAUAACCAAAGAAAAUCCUAGGCUCCUGUUUACAUUCAGGACAGAGACAGGGGGAAAUGAUGGGCAGAUAAGGGAGGUGGCUGGAAGAGAUCAGACAUGUAGAAAGAAGUAAAAAAGGACAGUGGGACAAACAGGACAACAUCUCACUACUACAUUUCUCAGCUUCCAGGGAGACUUAUCACCAAAUGUGAUGUUUCCCUCCCCCCCCCCCACAUUUUAUGCAAUGAACUUCUGAGAAGUGGGUCCACUUAAUGGUCAUUGGGUGCUGUCAGGGAACUGACAUCAGAGCGAGAGGCGAAGGGGAGGCUCCUGGAUGAUGCUGGAGAAGGACCCAGCAGCAGGGGGAGAGGCGACUCAGUGGAGGGGGAAGCAUUUAAGCGCAACACCAGGAACAAAAGUGAGCAGAUGGGAAAAUCGGAGAAAGGGCUCACGGACUCUUCACUGGAACUCAGUGAGGAGGGGACAGGUCCCCCGCUACCCACGCCCACCCUGCGCAGAAGGCUCCCGCGCAGUGAGAGGCGGAGGCGAUUGGGUGUCAAACAGCUCUUAUGUUGGAAGAGAUUCAAGAAACGCCCACUGACGGAUUCUGCUAGUGACUGAGACAGUCCUGAUCAGAAGGGGCUGUGCAGUCAGAAAGGUUUAACAAGGCAAAUCAGCCUAGAGAGGCACCAGUUUACGCACGAGUAACUCAUACUCAUUACAGCAAUCCGUCAGUCCCUGAAAGUUGCUCGUGCGCAGCAGCAGGCAGGCAGCAUCAUGAGCAAGCCCGGAGAAGCAGGCACCCAAGGGGAGCAGCUGGAGGGCAAACGCUGGAGGAGAGGAACCGAGAUUUGGAGCAGCAUGUGGCCAUUCUGACGGCACGGCUGGACGAAAGGCGGUCUCAAGAUGCACAGGUCAGACCCACCCCCAUAGCAAGGAAGGUACCGGGACUGGUGCACAAGUUUGUGGGGAAGCCGCAAGAAUACAGUGCGUUUAGAACGGAAAUAGAGUACGCAUUGGACUUGCAGCAUAACGAUUUUGAAGACGACGCGGCGCGGGUGGCAUAUGUUGUGGGUCACCUGCAGGACGGGGCCAGAGAAUGGGUCAGACCCCUUAUGGCGACGCAGAAUUCCGCCAUGCAGGACCUGAGGAAAUUCUUCCAAGCGAUGGACGCGAUGUUUUCCACUGAUGUUCAAAAAAAGUGUGACUAAGUGGGAAUUGAUGAACUGUAAACAGGGGAGCCAGUCAGUCAGGGACUACUGGUCGCGCUUUGCCAUGAUAGUUCAUCGCCUCGGGUGGGAACUGGGCUCCGAACCCAUACAGAUGUUAUUCGAGGAGGGGUUGUCCCCAACGGUUAAGGAUGAACUUUCCCGCGCACCCCGCCCACAGGGGAUGGAUCAGCUGACCAAGGCUGUGCUUGCGAUUGGCGCGCGCCAGGAAGCGCGGGCCCAGGAGAGGCGGGAAGGGAGAGAGCAACGUUGCCAUGACUACCGCAUUCCUGAAAUACCAAGGCAGCCCUCCCCGCCAGCAGAGCCAAUGGAAAUAGAUGGGGGGCGCGCGCGGGAAGUUUCAAGCACCAGCGAAGGGCGCAAGAAGGAGGGAAAGGAUUGGAAAACCUCCAAAAGGUGUUACCUUUGCCAGCGGCCAGGGCAUUUUGCCAGAGCCUGCCUUCAAAGAAAUGCUUGGCAACGACUGGUGGGACCCCCAGGGGGUGAGGAGGAGGUUGUACAGGAACAGGAACUGGGUAUCGAGAACGCUUGGCUGCCAAUCAAGGGGCACAACAGCCAAGCCAGCCACCAGUAAAAGUGCCCCAACCAGACCCCCCCAAGGCGGCAAUAGCCAUCGAAGUGGUGCUAGAACUCCCAAACGGGCACCCAGUCAAGGUGAAAGGCAUGCUGGAUUCAGGCAGCUCAUGUAAUUUCUUCAGCAAGGACUUUGCAUUAGAGCACCAGCUCCACUUACUGCCUUUGGAUUUUCCCUUGCAAGUGACCACCAUUGAUGGCAGGGAGCUUCUAGGAGGGAAGUGACACACCAAACCCCGCCAAUGAGAAUGAGGGUGUCCAGGCACUCGGAAACCAUCGCCUUUCACGUCGCCUCGCUAGCAGGACCCCCAAUAAUAUUAGGGAUGAGCUGGCUAGCACAACAUGAUCCAGUGGUGGCGUGGCAUCAGAGGACAGUCACCUUUGGAUCAGCUUACUGCCUGGAACACUGUCUAGGAGGGGAAGCCCCAAGAAUGACCGUGGCCAGGGUGGCUGGGAUGGCGGUGGAGCGGAAAGGGGAGGUGCCGCCACAAUACGCAGAUCUGCGGGAGGUCUUCAGCGAAAAGGAGGCAGAUAGACUGCCACCCCAUAGGCCCUUUGACUGCCAGAUCAACUUGCUUCCGUGGGCUCAGCUGCCAGUGGGUAAGCUGUACGCCAUGUCAGACAGGGAGAUGAAGGAGUUGCGAGAAUUUAUCGACAAGAACCUGAAAAGAGGCUUCAUAAGAGAAUCAAAGGCAGUAGGGGGCAGUCCGGUGUUCUUUGUGGACAAAAGGACACAAAUAAACCCAGGCUCGUAGUGGACUAUAGAGCUGUCAAUUUGGUGUCAGAACCCGUGACCUUCCCAAUGCCCAGGAUUGACGACAUUUUAACGCGAGUGAGGAAAGGCAAAAUUUUUACCAAGCUGGACCUCAGGGCGCAUACAAUUUGAUCAGGAUGAGGGAGGGGGACGAAUGGAAGACCACAAUGUUCACACCCCUAGGUGCCUUUGAGUACUUAGUUAUGCCUUUUGGAUUACAGUCAGGCUCCGCCUGCUUUCAAGCUUUCAUGCACCACGUGUUGGGGUCUCUGCUGUACAAGAACUGCGUAGCCUUCUUGGACGAUGUCUUAAUUUAUUCGGACAAUGAGGAACAACAUGUUAGAGACGUCAGGGAAGUGUUACAACGACUGCAGAAGCACCAGUUGUGGGUCAAGCUGGAAAAAUGUCAGUUUCACGCCAGAGAAGUCGAGUUUCUGGGGUACAAGUUGUCUGACAAAGGCUUAGCGAUGGACCCAAGCAAGGUGCAGGCAGUGCUGGAGUGGAAGGCUCCCAAGACACGGAAGGACGUACAGAGGUUCCUAGGGUUCAGCAACUUCUACAGGAAGUUCAUCAAGAACUUCGCCCACUUGACAGCGCCAAUCACGGAUUGUCUCAGUAGCAAAAAGAAGUUUGUGUGGACAGAAGAGGCCCAGCAAUCCUUCGAAAAACUGAAGAAGGCGUUCGCAUCGGAAGAGCAACUCCUGCACGUAGAUCUGGAGAAACCCCUGAGGCUAGAGACCGACGCGUCCGACAGAGCCGUGGGGGCGGUCCUUUGCAACCAGGGAAGGGAAAGCAGGAAUGGAAACCGUGUGCCUUUUUCUCCAGAAAACUGAGCAAGUCGGAGCAAAACUAUACAGUGUAUGACCGCGAACUGCUGGCAAUCUACGCGGCCUUUCGUCGUUGGCGUCAUCUACUGAUAGGGGGCGCAACAACAGAUCCAGGUUUGCACAGAUCACAAGAACUUGGAGUACUGGAGAACCGCACGAGUACUCAACCAGAGACAGAUUCGAUGGGCACAGGAGUUCUCCAAGUUUUUCUUUGAAAUCUGCUACGUGCCCGGAGAAGAAAACGUAAGAGCAGACGCUCUCUCGCGUAAACCGGAGUACCUGGAAGGAGAGGGGCCGCCGGAGAAACGACACGUGAUCCCCGAGGACCGAUGGGUGUGGGGGAACUUUGGUGGGGAAACGAGAACUAGCCGGGCUGACCAGAAACGACGUGUUCGCGCAAACUAAAAUCCGGGAACCACGAGACGGAAGAGGGACCCAAGAAGGGUUUGAGGAGAAGGAAGGGGUACUGUACUAUAGGGGAGCGCUGUACGUACCGGGGGGAAACCCUGAGGGAAAAAGUACUCAAACAACUCCACGACAACCCCACAGCAGGGCACUUUGGACAGCACAAAACCAUGAUGCUGGUGACCAGGCAGUUCUGGUGGCCCAGGGUGAGGGAGGAUGUACGGGAAUAUGUACGGGGAUGCGACCGCUGCCAAAGGGCAAAGGGGGAGCGGGCUGCCCCCACAGGAUUGCUGGAACCCUUACCCACGCCGGUGAAACCCUGGGAGGUGGUAUCCAUUGAUUUUAUGACAGAUUUGCCCAAGUCCCGGGGAAAGACAGCAGUCAUGGUAGUGGUCGACCUACUGACAAAAAUGUGCCACUUUAUAGCUUGCUCACAUGCUGUAACGGCAGAGGAAACAGCCCGGUUGUUUGUGGAGCACAUAUUCCGGCUGCAUGGCGCCCCCUUGAGGGUUAUCUCCGACCGCGGAAAACAAUUUACUUCCCGGUUCUGGAGGAAACUCAUGAGCUUACUGCAGGUGGAGGUGGGUUUCUCGACGGCGAGACACCCAGAGACCAACGGGCAAGCAGAAAGAGCGAACAGUAUACUCCAGCAAUACCUACGCUGCUAUGUCAGCGAGAGGCAGAACGAUUGGGUAGAAAAACUAGCGCUGGCUGAAUUCGCGUACAACAACGCGGAACACGUGUCCACGGGAAUGAGCCCAUUCAUGGCCAACCAUGGGUGUCAUCCCAGGGCCUUCCCGGGAGUGGGGAGGAAAGCUGGAGCGUACCCGCCGCAGAACAGUUUGUGGAGGAAAUGGAGGCCCUACACCAGCAACUUAAGAUGAACUUGGAGCGGGCCAAGGAAACUUACAAGAGGCAGGCAGACAAGCACCGCAGGGAAGGGGGAGACCAUACGGGUGGGGGACCGGGUAUGGUUGUCCACCCAAGGGCUACCUUUCAAGGGGGUGCAGAAGGUGCAGACCAGACGGCUGGGACCUUUUGAGGUAACACAGCAAGUUAAUCCCGUGGCAUUUAAGCUCAGGUUGCCUGAUAGCAUGAAAAUACAAUCGGUUUUCCAUAGGUCCCUGCUUUCACCGCAUAGGGAAGGGCGGGAAUUCCAGGGGCAAGAGGGAGAAGUCACCACACACCCGCAGGUAGAAGAAAGGGAACACCACCACAGGGCCACGGAAAUACUGGACUCAAGGUGGCAAGGGCGCCGGGUGGAGUAUUUGGUAGCGUGGGAAGGGGAACCCAGGUCCGAAAACACGUGGGUCCCCACGGAAGCCGUCGAGGACAGGUAUCUGGUGGAGGUAUUCCACCACCGGUUCCCGGACAAACCCAAACCCCUGGAGAGAUUCUGGGAGGAGCAAUUUGGAACCACAGAUGAGGAAGAGGUUUUUGAGGGAUUUUCUGACUCCGAGGAGGGAGGAGAGGUUUCGGAGGAAGAAGCAUCAGACGGGAAGACCACCCCGUUGGUAGGUGGAAGAGCGAUUGGGAAGCGGGUUUCGAACCCACGGAAGAUGCUGACAGUUCCUUCCGGGGUUUCCCCGCCUCCUCGGCCGACGAAGGGGACGAAGUUGGUCCCACAGGUCGGCCCAGGGGUGGAGGGGAUUCUGGGGGGGAGGUGGAUGUCAGGGAACUGACAUCAGAGCGAGAGGCGAAGGGAGGCUCCUGGAUGAUGCUGGAGAAGGACCCAGCAGCAGGGGAGAGGCGACUCAGUGGAGGGAAGCAUUUAAGCGCAACACCAGGAACAAAAGUGAGCAGAUGGGAAAAUCGGAGAAAGGGCUCACGGACUCUUCACUGGAACUCAGUGAGGAGGGGACAGGUCCCCCGCUACCCACGCCCACCCUGCGCAGAAGGCUCCCGCGCAGUGAGAGGCGGAGGCGAUUGGGUGUCAAACAGCUCUUAUGUUGGAAGAGAUUCAAGAAACGCCCACUGACGGAUUCUGCUAGUGACUGAGACAGUCCUGAUCAGAAGGGGCUGUGCAGUCAGAAAGGUUUAACAAGGCAAAUCAGCCUAGAGAGGCACCAGUUUACGCACGAGUAACUCAUACUCAUUACAGGUGCCAACAAACUCAGCUGGUAGCAGCCCAGCAAAAUUCAAUAUCAAUGACAUUCUGAAAAUGGCAGUAUAUACUGCAUUGCUAGCACUUAUUGCCAAAGCGCUGUCUUCUCUUCUUUAGUGAGACUCUUUCUUUCAUCCAUGUAAAGGUCCGGAGAUCUGAGAUCGAAGGGGACAAACUGCAUUUGGCUCCACCCCAGCCAUCAAAGCAGUUUCUUAUCUCUCCUCCAGCCUCUCCUCCUGUAGGUUGGCACCCAAUGAACGAUGCAACACCUGCUGCUAACUAUGACCUCCUUUAUGCAGUUUCUAAACGGGAAUCAGGUAGGUCUUCUGAAAUUUCAGGUAUUUGAGUUUAAGAAGAGAAGAUGAACUGAGCCAAUAGAGACAAGAAUACCUAAAUUCUAUCUAUCGUUAAGUUCACCAAAGUUCUCUUUUUAAUCACUUGUGUGCAAAUCUUGGGUAGGUAUUGUAAGAAAUCUAUAUGGAUAGCUUCAGUUUCAGCUUGAGGACAUUUUCUGUGUAUUCCAAGGACAUAAGUUUUCCUACUUCUUGUUCUGAGAGUAGUUCUGAAACUGAAACAUGUACAGCAUCACAGAACUUAAUACCUGCAUUUCAUGAGUUUUUCUUAUCUAAAUGAAAAACGUGAUGUAUGGUUGCAUGCUGCAGUUUUCAAGAGAAGUAACCACUGACCGUAUUUCUCCAUGAGACCUUGACUUGGUCUGAGAUCUAUAGCAUUUCUACCUAUAUCCACAUUUUUUCACAACCAAGGACAUCUAGAAAGGUGGCUUAAAAACCCCCAAAAGCUCAGGUUUUGAGGCACCAUGUUCUGUACUCUAUUGCAUGGCAUGAUUGUGACUAGAACCACCAGCAGGAUCUUUUAUGAUUAGCUGUGCCUCUUCUGGAAUCCUUCCAUGCACCUACACAAAUAAAUGGAGCAAUGCAACCAUGCUAAACACCUUCAGCAAGCAGCCCAGUGAUCUAUGCAUAAGAUCAACUCAUGGCUGCUGUCUGAAUGACCACUGGAGAAGUUGAGGAGAUGGGCUGUUGUGUUCUGGAGGAGGGCACAGUUCUUUCUGCUAAGAAACAUCUGGCCACCUUUCUUCCCAUCUACUGUAUUCUAUGACAUAUCCUCAAAUACAUAGGUGUUUGUGCGCUUAAUUAACAACUAAGAGGAUGUGAUGGCCAAGUAAUGAACCAACUUGCAGAGCAAUUCUAACCAUUCUAUUUAGAAGUUAAGUCCUGUUGAAUUCAGUGGGGCUUUCUCCCAGGUAAAUAGGGUUAGGAUUGCAACUGUUAAAACAAAAUGAAUCUCAGUAUAAAGGUACUGUAUCUUGGGGGUAGACAACUAUGUCCACAGACUCAAACAAUUUGCUGUGCAUGUGUGGACCUUUGUUGCAGAGCAGCAGGCAAUGACCACCAAGGCCUUGGAGCUGACCAACAGUCAUCUCAAAUCAACCGAUGUCUGCAGGCAAAUAAGCACUUGUAAUUUCUCCCUUUGUAUUUUAUCCUGUCAACAAGCCCAUUAAUGUUUUAUUACACAUGAAUUAGUAGAUAGGAAUCCCAAGAUAUUCUUAAAUUUCAAAUUUAAUAUAGGCACUGUGAUAAAACUCAUCAGGAAGAUAGAUUUAUAGACACUGUCGGCAAAGCUUGCUAAUCAAGUUUCCUCCACAAACUAAACAAUCACGCACUGCCCCCUGGGGAGAAGUUAGGCAAAAGCAUGUUCAAUUACAGUUUGUGUCCCAAAUGGGAUACUUAAACAAUAGUGGCAUCAUGAGGGUCUUGAGUCAAUGUCCAAAAUCCAUUCAUGCCAUUUUCGCAUUUAUAUCCUACCUUUUCAUUUGAUUCUCACCCUCCUCAUUUAAUUCCCACAACAACCCUGUGAGGUAGGUUAGGCUGAGAGGCAGCGAGUGAUCCAAGGUCACACAAUGAGCUCCAUGGCUCAGUGGGGAUUUGAACCCUGGUCUCCUAGGUCUUAUUCCAACCGUGACGCCCCUCUUGACUGUCCAGUUGAGCAGUAAUGUAUUCUAGUGGGGCUCUAUGAUGCUAAAUAGCAUUUAGUCUAAAUGUUUGUCUUUGCUUGCAGGUGAGAAAUACGAGCUGCACGCAGGUACAGAGUCCACCCCAAGUGUCGUGGUGCAUGUCUGUGACACGGAUGCAGCAGAAGAGGGAGACCCAAACAAUUCACCCAAGCCCAAAAUUGUUCAAACUCGACGUCCUGAUGUGCCACCUUCUGUGUCUAACUGAUUUUCUCCAACAAGAGCACCUCUUUUUUUUCCACUUCUGUAGUCUUCCCAUGUAUUUUAAUUUCUAUUGGCUUUGUUUGUCUGGUAAAAAUAUAUUGUGUGUUUCUGGAUAUUUACCUUAUUGGAAUACACUCUUUGCUGCAAUGAAAUCUUACG